AGCAUUCUCAGUGACGUCACACGGAAGUGGUUCAACCAAGAUGGCAGCGUCCUUGACAGGCAUGUUUUGAUAUGUGCGGAGAGUCAAACAUGCUCCAAAGUUACACUCCAACGAGCCGCAAGACUCUAUUGAAGGAUAUUUAAGGAGCGGAACAUGGAAAGAAGAGAGUUCGUCACGUCUUUGGUGGUGAGGACUACAUUUUGUGCAAAACUACAACGUAGCAUUAGCAUUGUUAUUAGCCUGCCUGUAAAUUUUGCAGCAUUUAUUCAGAAAUUGUGUCAGUUUCUUGCACUUUUAACCGCGUUAUCGUAAAGGCAUUAAUUGUAUUCCCCGUCAAAGCCAGAAAAGCGUCAUUAAAAUACAUAAUAUUGUCUAUAGCAACUCAUGUCACAACGUUAAAAAUGACUAAAUAACAUUAAAACAUGUAAUGAGAAGUAUGACAUCUCGCUUAUUUAGCAGCAAGUAACGGUGGCUGAACAACCCUACAUUUGAGCGAGAAGUUACUAUUUUUUUUCUUUUAAUGUUAAAUUCCUCUGGGGCGAAAUAAAUUGUCCCAAUGCAAGAAAAUUUCUAGGAAAUGCAGAUCUUUGUAACAGGGCAGCUUUUUUUCCUUUAUGUUCUAAACACACUUAGCCUGUCCCUUCUUUACAUUGACAUAAUGUGAUAUAAAGAUACUAAGGAGUUAUCCUGGACCAAAAUGUCAAGAAAUAGCCUUCAUAGUAGGGGAGAGUGGGGUAAGAUGAGCCAUUUUUCAUAUUUCGGAUCACUACAUCAAGUCAGUCAUAGUUUUGUCUCUAACUAGUUUAUCUGCAUAUAUUUCAAUGUGUUGUGCAUCCCUGCAAACUAACAGAAUGAGUGUAAACAUAACUGUCUUGAUAAUAUAGCAUGACAAAAAAAAAGUGGUCUUCUAUGGUCAACUUAUCCUGUGUAUGAGGUAAAAAUACAUUCAUGUGUAUAUUUAUUUAUUAUAAGCUAUUCAACUGGUACAAUAAUUAUUUUUAUUAUUAUUGCAUAUAACUGUUAAAAAGCUGUUUUGUAAAAAGUCAUUUUAACAUGAGAAUGCCUUUAAGUGAUUCGGAACAUUCACAGCUGUAUUUUUGAAAAGAAAAAGUCAAACAUUUCAACAAUCUGAACUGAAACUCUGAUCCUCUCAUCAGACUCCUUUACUUUCUCAGUUGAGCCACUGGAUUAACUUACCCCUGAACUACUAUGAUGACUUUAUUAGUCCUCUAUGCUAAAAUGGCAGACUUUUAUGUUCAUAGAUACCACAAUUGAUGCAUAAAACAAAUUUAAAAUGAUCUUUUUUGGUCUGAACACAAAACUAAUUAAACUUAUGACAGACUAAAUUCACUUUCAAGAAUGAAAAAUGUUUUUUUGGAAUGUGUCUAACCCCUUCACCCAUGUGCUUUUAAACUUAACAGACUCCAUGAAUUGAUGCUCAUCUCCUGAAUUUUUGGUCAUAAUCAAUUUCUUUUACCAUUUCCAAGCAACAGGGGGUGGCUCAACUUACCCUGUGGCUCAACUUGCACCACUCUCCCCUACAUGAUUUCCUCCUUGUUUCUUGAAUAAGAUGAUAAGCCUGUAUGUAAUUGAAUACAUAAAUAGGCAAAUAUCACGAUAUAUUAUUUGUAAUAGUGCUGCAAAGCAAGUAAUGAAUGUAAGUGUACACUUGAGGGAAAUUAACAAGUUCUUACUGUUAUUGUGUGGUACUUUAUUUUUUUAUGAACAGAGACUUAAGCAAACUCAGAUAAACUGAUGCACUGGCAUCAUCUUUUUUACAGGUUGAGACCAAGAAGGGUCACAUGGUGUAUCUUUUUUUUUUCAAUAGAAGAACUUGUGUGGAGUUUCUGCUAAUGAGUGAUUUAUGUAAAAAACAUCUUGUUGUGUUCAAGUUGAACUAAGUAACUUGGUGUCAUUGAGUGCAACCCUGCACUUUCAUCAUUACUUUGAAGGUGAUUACAGAGGAUGAUUUACAAUAUUUAUUAAAUUAGUUAAAGACUUGGUUGCGGCUGGAGGCUGUCAAUAAGUUAGAACAAAAUUGAACUAGAUAUAUUGUCUAUACAAUCAAUCAAUCAACUUCGCACUUGCUGUAUAGGUUCUUCAGAUUAACAAGUUUUUACGUCACUAUGACAUUGCUCCGCUUCUGAACCUGUUAAACAUUCAAGAUGAAUCUAGGAUCAGUCUACAAGCUAUGAUGCAUGGCUAAAGCUUAAGAAAAACCCAGCAGAUAGAGACAAUAUAUGUAAUUGCCUACUUUUCAAGCUAAUUCAGCUGCGUCUUUAAACAGAGCUUCUCUCUAAAGUGUUAGCAGUCAUGUAAUAUUAACAACAACAACAACACUUUUUUAUAGCAAAAUUGUCAGUUCUCUUGAGUACCUCAUUAUUUUGGUUGGAAAGGGUACAUCUUUGAUGUUUUUUGGCAUCCUUGAGCGCUCUUAUCAGAGUCUCUUGAAGCAGCAAAGAAGAGCCAUUUAAAGUGAUCCAAGCUCUGAUAGCUCCACUGAACAAUACCUCCUUCAAAUACGAAUGGCAGAUGGGGAAUCUGCGGAGCUUUUAGCACCUUAAAGAGAGAUAUUUUCCUCACAAGAAGGUGAAGGCUGAAAAAAGUCUGUAGAUUAAAAUGCCAAGAAUCAGGUGGCCUAAAACAAAUGUCCCAAAUCUGUCAUUAUUUGUGUUGUUCUGUGUCUGCUUAACAUAUCAAAAGUAGUAACUUUAGUUUUUUUAUUGCAUGCUGCAUUCCCUCAAGUGUCAAAACAGUGAAUGUAGAUAGGUGGUUUAAGCGUUCUGAGCAUAUGUCCAAGCUCUGGUGUUAUGGAGUGUAUCAUCAGUCUCACAAAGUGGUGGUCCCUACAGGCGGGAGGCUGUGCAGGGAUGUGUGUGGAUCUGACCCUUUUCCCCCUGGACACUAUUAAGACGAGACUGCAGAGUCAGCAGGGCUUCUACAAGGCAGGGGGCUUCAGGGGCAUCUAUGCUGGAGUCCCAUCUGCUGCUGUAGGCUCCUUCCCCAACGGUAAGACACUUAAUGUGAUGACUGGAUUUAUUCUGUGUUCUUAUGUAGCUUAAAAGUGAAGCUUUGUUUGUACUUGAUGUCCUGCCAGAGGCGCAUGCAAACAGAACAAACAAGAUUCAUUUCGUUUACAGAUCAUCAGUAGGUUGGACGCUUAAACACAUUAAACUCUCAAGCAUACUAGUGCAUUUUAAAACACUUUUAAAGACAUAUGAUUGAUAUAAACACCUUGUAAAAUGUUUGUUUUAAUAGUCUUUCCAGCUUUUGAAUGGAAAAUAUGAAUAUUUUUAUGCAAAAUAUUCAAGAAAAUGCCUUAAAACUGUAGCAUUCAGACAGAAGCGCUAGUAUUAGGUAGUAAGUACAUUAUACAAGCUGUGUAGUAUUUAAUCAGUCAGUCCGAGGGUUAAAGGGAUAUUCCGGUGUAAAAUUAAGUUCGGGUCAAAAACACUUUUUUGAUGAGGUGUGCAUGUGGCUCCUAAGACUGCUGUGUAAGCUAUCAUGUGGUCGUUAAUAAAGUUGGUAUAACUAGAGAAGCAAGCAGUCGGCAACAUUCAUCUCUCGAAGGGUGUCUAACUCGGUGUUACAGUGUGUUUGAUCCUAACUUAAUUUUACACCAGAAUAUCCCUUUAAAUACAUCAUUCUCUCUCCCAUAUCAGGGAAAGGGAAUGAUGUAUUUAAAGUGAUGGACUCGAUAUUAUUCAAUUUAAUAAUACAUUUAACCCUUUACAGGGUCAUUUUUCUCACAAGUGUGGGAGUUCAGUUCACUCAAACACACACAAGUUGCUCUUAACUUUCUGUGCCUUUCUUUACUUGUUGUUUCACAUACACACAAGACUGGCACACACGCAGACACAAUAGCUCGCACCUUAGUUUCUCCCCUGUCAGUGGUAGUGAGGGAUAUUAAUUGCUGUAUGCUGGUUGACUAAUGGGCCUUAAAUGGCUGUGGUUCUGCUUGGUUUCAGCCGCUGCUUUCUUUGUCACCUACGACUGCACAAAGUCCCUGCUCGGCGCCGGAGGAGUGCUAGCAGCACCACACGUGGCACCUGUCACUCACAUGUUGGCUGCCUCCCUGGGAGAAAUAGUGAGUGUGCCGGUCCUUCAUUAGCUGAAGUUUUUAACUGUACUCUUUUGGAUUUUCACUUAUUUUACCACCACAUCUUUAACUUUCAAAGCUUUUUUUAAUCUCUGUACGACUGAUAAGAUCUCCGUUGUUCCUUUUUUGUACACCAGCUGCCUUACCCGCUAGAUGUUGCUCUUUCAUACUCUCAUCCUCCCCUCUUUGUUUCUCUCUGAGCAUCAAGAGCAUGUCUAUUAUUGCCGUUCUAAUUUCACAGACAACUAUGCAAAAGGGCAGCAGGGGAUGUGAAGAAGUAUGCGUUUUUGGCAGUGGACUCUAGAGUCCAGCUGGUUGAGUUAAAGGAGCUUCCUCAGGACUGCCUCAGCAUUUCCCCCACUAGCUGGGUAAAUAAGAUCUCAUUACUGCCUAUUGACUCAUCUACUUUCCCAGCUCAGGCCCCCAGACUCUGCCAAUUUAGUCAGGGGAAUUCAGGCUUGAAACCAAUGAAGAGCGGUGCAAUUUCCUCAGCCCAUCCUCUCCAGAUCACUCACAGGGAACCAGAGAGUCUGAGCCAUAUGGGGGCCGGGUGUAUUUACAUUGGCAUGAAAGGGAGGAAGAGGAAUGGGGGUAUGGAAAGAGGGAUGCUCCCUCCUGCUAUACCACCGUGGCUUUCUGCAAAAUACUAGUUUUCAGUAUUCAUGGCUUUUGGAUGGAUGUGAUUCAGCCAAGUUCUGCAUGUGUAUGAAAUAGGAUUAUUCCACAUGGGAGGGUGUUCACUGUGCUGGAGUUUAUCUGAGUCUUGGUGUCUCAUAGUGGAUAACAAGACUUCUGUCACUGCCAUAUUACCACAAAUUCAAUGAGAGGUUGGCUUUAUGAAUGUCAUAUUCAUAUAUACUGAUGGAGUUUAUAAGUUUUGGCGAGACAUCUCUGCCUUUUUCCACUUUUUUGUCCAUGACACAGCCCACGUUGGGGUAAAAGGUGAACCUGAGGUUGCGGCUACCUUUAACCCCUUCCCCGCUGUUCUGGAUUUGAGCACAUCAAAGACAGAAAAUCCUCGGAGUAGAGCCGAGCAGAGCAGGGGCGGUAUCCCGCUGCAUCCUGGCAACUGGAUACGUCUUGUUCAAAGCAAGUAAUCUUCAGGCUUAGCCAUGAAAGGCCUUCUCUAGUGCUGCCCGGGGUGUUUCGCAGGGUCUGAACGCCUGCACUAUGAUGCAAGCGCUGCCACAUAUGAUUCUUUUACAGGCACUGCUAAUGAUUUUCAAUUAAAAGUUAUUGGACUUGUGUGCUCACUUAAGCUUUGCUAAGUUUUGGCCAAAGGGGUGCAUAAACUUGUCAAGGAAAGUGCUAAAACAGUUAAUAGAUUGGUCGAUUCAGCAUGAUUUCAGCUUUUCUCUGUAACUUUCACCCGUUUGAGCCAUUCUCUUACUUCUAAAGAGUCAUUUAUUACCUUUGUUGACCUACUGUGAGUCUAAAGGCUAAGUUUUGCUUCUUUUCAGUGCAUGAUUUAUCUCCUCAGGCAAAUUUAUUUAGCAGUGAAAGCCCCCCUUUUGGCUACAUCUAAACCACGCAGGGACAGUUUUAUCCAUCUAAACAUUUAUCUUCUACCUUUUAAGUGAUCUGUCUUGUGUCUGUUGUUUUUUUGUUCCACUUCUCUCUUUUUGUCCGUUAAGAAAGCUCUGAUAUCACUGAAAUGUAAGAAAAGAACAAUCAGCUCCUUGGUUUGUUUCUUGUCUGCUUAUCCGCCUCCUCGUAAGCCCAGAAUCUCUUCCACAGGUGUCUGCAUAGUUGUUUUUUUAACCAACUGUUUUUGCUUUGCAGCAAUUGUAACAGAGGCUUUAUGGGACUUAUUGCCUUGCUAAUCCCAUCCCCUGAGCCUCCCUCUACGGAUGAUGUGCAUGACUUGGCACCAACUUUCUCGAGUCUGUUAUCAUCGUUCCAGAGGGAGUUAUAGCUUAGAAUCGAUUCUGUGUAAAGUAUGAGAUGGGAAUUGAAAAAGAGAAAAGAGAACACUUAAACAAACUUCUUUUAUGAUCUUUAUAGUUAAGACUCUUGUUUUUUUGUGCAACAAGGGAAGAAAACAGCAGUCUAAACAAGUGAAAGUUGAAGGCCAAACUCAGAUCCUUCAUUGCAUACUUAUUUUCAAGAGAGGAGGAAAUGUUCUUCUCCUUCUCUACAGCUGAGAACUGAUGAGAGCUGCUGGAGGAGGUUAUUGAAAUGUCAUGAGGAGUACCUUUCCUGUAAAUCCACUGAACACUUGGUGGAACAUGUAAACAAAAAGGAAAGAUGGACAUAGACGUAGAGGAUAUGGACACAGACUGUCUGCAACCAUACUGAGAGAAAGACCCCAAAACGAUCUGUACUAUGAAAGAAAUCCCCCCCAACCAGUAGCAUCCCGGUGUUUGUGGGACUGUGGCGUUGGGAUGCUCCUAUAAAGAAUGUAUAAGCUGAUGGCGUCUGUCAGGCUCUAGCAGGCUGUUAUCCAGCCAUUAGAUCAGAUUUAUCUUCAUUCCCAUUCGCCCGACGUCUGCCCUGAAAGCUCAUUUGUCAAGACCAGGCGGCGAGCUUCUCCCGCAUCUAUAACCCCCCCCCUCAGCACCACCGCCACCACCUCAACACCACACAUCUGCAGGAGGAUGUACUGGAAAAUGCAGGGUGACAUGACAAGAUAGGGGGACAACGAGUAGAACGGGUGCAAGAGGGAGGAGCUUUGGGGGGAGAAACUGGCAGCCACUUAACUUGGCUCUGAGAAAUAAUCCAUGCAUCCCCUUUCGAGGAGCGCCACGCUCUGUGAUUUAUUGGCUGUUGUUUCAAAUUUAGAGACACGCGGUGUCCUCAUCUCUUCUCUUUCUUUAUGACCUUUUUUCUUCCCUUCCUUUCCUUUCCUUCCUUUCCUUCUCUUGAAGAAACCUCAUUUCAGUCUUUUGUAUGAAAUAUUUACAGGAUUGGGGAUUUGAUCAAAACCAAGAAACUGGGGGGAGUCUAGUUCCAGUAGACUUGAAAAGACCUGCUGUAUUUCAGGACGGGAGCUGUAGAGUUUUUUGGUCUGCUGCAGAGAUUUUUAUUUGUAAUAAUGUUUCAUCUUGAGUUACUUUGGAAGUUGUGGUGUUAAUAACAUAAAGCAAAAGUUAGGGAAAUGUUUAUGAUUGAGUUGUCAAAUGGUACAUUUUAGCCACAUUUGACCAUAUCUUCAACAGCAUGUUUAAAAACCUUAAUUUUGCAUUAUUUCAGUCCAUAUUAAUGUAAAGCUGCUCUUUCCAGUGUCUUUAUUUGGGAGUGAAAUGAAGGCAAUGAAAUAAUAUUGAUGAAAUGAAAUGAUACUUAAUAAAAUUGACUUUAGGAUUUUUACAUUUAAUUAACUACUUUUGACUCAGAGCUCUGUCAUCUUUUGUGGAACCUGUUGACAUCUCUGUCUCGCCCCAAAAUACUAGGGGUGGGAAUCACCGGUGGCCCCACAAUAUGUUAUUAUCACGAUACUUGGGCCACAAUACGAUAUUGCGAUUUUUGAUUUUGCAGUCCAGUGAGUAUUGCGAUACAAUAUAUUGAGAUUUAAACAAUUUUAAACUGUUUAGCUAAUUUAGCAUUUGUCUUUCCUUUAUGUUUGUCUUAUUUACACAUUAUUUUAUAUUCUUGCAAACCUCAUGUGUCUGGUCCAUCUCGUUUGUGCCCUGCUUGCAUUCCUAAUGUCCUCCCCUAGGUGGUGCUAUAUUUGUUAUGCUAACUUUCUCCUGCUUUAUGACGUCACCUCCGCACACCUCACUGGGCAAACAGUUGAUUUUAUUUUACCAUUAUCAUAGAUUUGACUUCAUAUUAACAACUGAUUUGAAAAAAAUCGAUAUUUGGUAAAUGAGACGAUACGAUAUAUUACUAGACAAAAUAUCACGAUACUAUGCUGUAUCGAUUUUUUUUCUCCCGCCCCUACAAAAUAUGUUUUAAAUGGAAAAAAAAAAGCUAUGGUGUGCUGAAUGGGACAAAAAAGCAUUUGCACUUUGCACUUAUUGCAUGACAAACAAAUGAUGGUUUUCAUUUGACCUCUUUUUGGUGCUGAGCAGUGAUCCUGGUCUUCUUCGACUUACUGCUUAUUCUUAAAAAACCAUGAGCAGUAAAAUAGAGAUGUAUCAAAGUGAAGGAGCGCAGAGGCGUAAUGACUCAAUCUGCAGAUUGAUUUGCCAGCCCGGCCGAUUAUGUGCUGUGACUCUCUGCUAAUUUCCCAUUCCUUACUGGGGUUGGCCCAUGAUUGAGCACCAGCAUCUUACCUUGUUGUUUGGCGGCCAGUGCUGGAAAUUAAAAACACGGUCUGUCAUUUGGAUUAACAACAACAGUGUGAGGGAAACUGAGGGGCUCCAAUCACAGGCAGGCGGCUUACUAAUUAACGCCGCUUGACGAAUCCAACAGCUUGUAAAUAAAGAUGAAUGGGAGAGAAAUUGAAAAGCUUGUCUGUGGAUUUAUAAUAAGUUUAGGAGCCAAAGGAGAACAUGGAGAAUUAAGGGCAGCUGAAAGCCUUAUGACUCCUCUGAAUAGCAGGUAACAAGCCUAAUUCAUGGAGGGACAUCUACCUUUACCUCCCAUUCUCUGACAUUGUCUUUUGUUUGAAAACUGGAGGGCACACUUCCUCUGCAUCUCAGCAAAACACAGUUCUGUCAGGCUGUUUUCAAGCUCUAGUCCUUUAUAUCAUUACAUCCACACCACCAUUGUUUCCCCACUCUCUGCUGUUUUCAGGGAUCUAAAAUGCCCUCUGAGGUUGCACACUCUCUCCUCUCUCCAUUUAACGCCAUUCUACCCAUCCCUAGAUGUGCAAAUUACUCCCAAAUAAACAAUGUCCCUAAUUUAUUUGGUAUAAUCUCUGGCUCAUUCUGCCUUCUCCUCUGCCGUGACAGGAGAGGAAAGGCCGUCUCAACUCCAGGCCCCACAUCCAAUUAUGUCAGUAAUUACUUGUCAUAGCCACUUUCUUUCUAUUUAGCCGCCCUGGUCUGCUCCUUUAGAGAAUUGGUUCGGGGAAAACAUGAUGUACAAUGUAUUAUAAAUGGUUACUUGACCAAAGGGAGGGCAAAUGAGAUCUGUAAGGUGGGUGCAGCCAGCUCAGUUAUCACAGGGAGGUGAUGGUGGGGAAGUUUGGCCACUUGGUGGUACUGUUGCACCGUGGUUUGAUUUCGGGUAUACUCACCUGAAAUACCAAUAAGAUUUGCGCUGGAUUCUUUGUAGACACCUUCUCAAGUCUUUUUUAUUUGCUCUUAUGCACAGAGAAUGAGGUUUAUCUUCUCAUUGUGCAGUGAAAGGAGAUAGAACUUGAGUUUUCUUGCUGUGAAAGUCAUACGGUGAAGGUGAACACAAAAACUUUGUAGAUGAUCAAUAGUUGGCAGGACUUAAAUAACCUCUGUUUUCACAGGCAUAUGUAAAAAUAUCUGUUAAUUUCUCUGAUUUUAUUGCUUUCUCUUUUUGUGCUCCAUGUUUAGUCACACUUGUGUGCGAUGAUUGGGGGUGACAGAAGUGACUGGUAGCUCUCGGAGCACACUGAAGUAAAAAGGGACUCAUCCUUCAGGACCUUUCUUCCCCCCAGACCUCAGUUUGGGUUGAAAUGCUCAAUCAUUUUAAAAGGCUGAAUAUUGACAACCAGGAAAAGAAAGUCUGCAUUACAGCUUUUACAGUGUCUUCCUCACUCUUUUCUCUGUCAUGCUCACUCCAGCAUCAUAGUGCUGUGGUGAGGGUGGCACCGGAGGACUGGCAUCUGUGCGACCAGGGGGGAGUCACAGUUAGGGGGCCAGCUCACCAAUUGCUCUGCAAGAUUGCUCGCCGUUAGCCGGUAUUUCCGCUCUAGUGCAGGAUAAAUGGAAAAUCAAGUCGCCAGGUGGGCAGUCGUGCCCGCCAUCCUGCCUGCCUUUAGGGCUAUGGGAAUUGAGGCAUAAAUAUUCAUGUCUAUCUUCACUAGCUGUUGGCAGUCCAUAUUUUUGUUGACAUAUGGUGGAUGGGUUGUAACUUGCAGUGGGGAGUGUGGUGGCUGAGAUGUGCAUACAGUGUGUGUGUCUGUGUCAGUGUGUUUUAGAGAAGUGCAUGGUUUUUGGACACGUGCGCAGUUAGCCCGGUGACCUUUUAAUUUGUUUCUAAGGUGUCAUGUCCACUGUGUGUUUUGUCAUAUUAAUUGGCACAACUGGACAUGAACCAAAGCUCUCAUCGACCCACCAGCUCUGUGUUUCUGCUCUCUAUAUCAUGGCCAUGUGCCAUGAAACACACAGGCUUGUGUCAACCAUGUCUCCUUCAUCCCACAGGUGGCAUGUCUGAUCCGGGUGCCCACAGAGGUGGUCAAGCAGAGGACUCAGGCGUCCCCGUCCUCCUCUACCUACCGCAUGCUGCUCGCCACACUGAGAGAAGAGGUACACAGAAACUGAGGCGCUUUCAAAAUGAAUGUUAACUUCUUACAACUUUUAUCAUUACGUUUAUUUUGGUGUUCAUGAAAAUCAUUGAUUCUAAAACCUUGGCUAAGUCCUGGUGACAUUGCUUUAAAGUAAGUCAGUUUGGGUUAGAAACAAACAUAUUUGAAUCAAACACAGUCAUUUACAUCAAAUACUCGAUACAGGGAUAUUCCCAAAAUGACACUUUAAAGACACACAACCAUGUCUGCUGUCAAAAUUGUUCAUGGUUCAUUUAAAAAGCUCAAGAAUUGGGAUUUCUUCAUAAAGGGCACCUAGUGGGUAAGUCCCAUGCUCCAUGUACAAAGACCAUUAUCCUCUAGUUCACCUAUAGUUCACCUUUAUCACUUGCCUGUCUGUUUCCAUCAGUAUUCGUUGUCCUAUUCUCCCUAAAUAAAGUCUGGGAAAACCUUAAAAAUGUUAAAAAGUCUACAUAGAAGUCAAUAUACAAUAUGUGAAUAAAGGACUUUGUUUAUAACUGUGAAAUGCUUUCUUGUCUCCGAACAGGGUAUUCGAGGCUUGUAUAGAGGCUACGGGAGUACGGUUCUCAGGGAGGUAGGAUUAAUUCAAGUUUUUUUUUUCCAGCCACCUUUUAACUGAUAAACAAAGAAGUUCGUCUCCUUCAAAUGUUCCCAGAUUAAUCAGCUGCAUUGCUAAUUUAAAGCUCCACUUAGGUACAUGCUGUUUGUGAUUAUUUGGUGUCCCCCUGUGGACAAAGAAGUGUUUGUUUUUUGUUUGUUUGCUAAAAGCCCAAAGUGGUAUUUUACACAAACAAAAAAAACCCACUUGAUUUAACAGUCAAAUACUUGACCCUUCAGCAAUCUUUGUCUAGGAAAGUGUAGUCUGGAAAACAAAGUCAACUACUCCACAUGUCCUGACGGUGACAACAAAUGACUACCAAUCUGUAUGGGAAGAACACUUGUUAUGUCUGUCUUUGGUUGUUUUCAGGAAAUUGCAAAGCAUAUCUUCGGGAGUAUUGAAUUCAGUUUGAAGAGUUUUAGCAAAGACAAUUACUGGACUUCUUAAAGACUGUGGAGUGAAUUCUUUUUGAUUGGUUGGACGAAUAUUGAGGCUUCCCACUCUUCUGACUGAAGACAUUUUAAUUUCUCUUGGGCUUUAUUGAGGUUAGAAAUAUUGAUUUACAGUUUUUUUUUUACCUUCACUUUCAUCUCAUUCAAUUACUUGAGCAAGAUGCUCUCCCUCCUGUUGGAAGUACAUCUGAUUAAUUAAUGCAAUUAGUUUUGUUAUAAAUGCAAAACAAAACAAGGAUAAAUGAGUAUUGGACUGCACUCCCUUGAUGGCCGCUCACCUUUUUUAAUGAAAAGAUGCUCUAGUUCUUUGAUUCAUUAUCUUCUGGUUAAUUGCACCUGCAGUGCAUCAUAACCUAAAAUGAUUGUAGCAGGAGCUGUAAAGAUCGUUCGCUCCGAGCCCUCCCCACCUGCCACAUAAGUUUCAAUACAAGUGGAAAACAGAACGAGAAAAGGAGACAGAAGUAUAUGAAGGUGACACUUGUCUUUCCAUCCUUUUUUUGGGGAGGUGGGUGAGAGUGUAAUCUAGUCCCCUCUGCUGUGCUAGCCUGUACUUAUUUUCUGCCUCACUAAACUGAUGUUAUUCACGCAAAUUCCAUCUGGACAGCCGGGGAAAAAAAGGACAACAAGACACUGUGAUUUCUCUGAGGGGCUCUGAAUAAAUGAAUACAUUUGGAGGCUGGCGCUCGGCCUGUGUGCAUACUAACACUAGUAGAUGAAACGCAACGGUGGCGGCGGGGAUUUGGGGCGCGGCAACAGCGAGGGAUGCUCUGCUGUGAUUGGCUUUGACGUGUGUCAGGAAGGUAAUUCAUUUUCUCUCAGCCUCCUUCGCUAUCCACACAUCUCCCUCCUUCGACCAAGCGGCCCUGUCAGGAUAAGUUUGUUUAUGUGCAGUGCUGUUGUAUUUCUCCUCCCCUCGCUGGCCCAUUAACUGGAGGCCCUUUUUGUGCUGUAUAUUCAGAAGGGUUCAGGGGUCAUUCUCGGUGGCUGUGAUAUCAUAUUAGGGGACCGGGCUUUUGAAGCUAACCUCGAACUGGAAGUUGGACUCGAUGUGACUGACCCUCAUGAUCUUACCUACCAGCUUUUGUUUUUUUAUACAGCAUGUCCCAACAGAGCCCAAGGUUUUAUUAGAGUAAAAAAACACGUCAGGUUUUCUGCACCACAUUAAUCUUGACUUUGACUGUCUGUCCGUUUUCAAAACAAACUGUCAGAUUGUUUGCUGAGUUGGCACUUUUCUUUUCCAGCUGAGUGGAGCAUGAAAUCAGUGAGACUCACACGACUUGGGACUAAAAUUAGGGUGUGAAAAAUGACUGUUUUCAGCUCAGAGAAAAUGAGGACGUUUUUAAUGGAGAUCAGACGGGAGUUUUUAAGACUCAAAGAACGAUGUGUUUGUUUGUGUUUGUGUCUUCAUAAUUCAAUUACCUCAGACCUUUUUUUUAACAGUUUAAUCAAAACUCUGCUUAUAUUUCGUAUCAGCCGUCAUUGCAGCAGGAUCUCCUACUUCAAUCUGUAACUGAACCCCACAGCCAUCUCAUUUGAUAGUGCCCUUUUUCACCACUAGAUGGCACGAUAAGCUUAGCACUGCCUUACUUCAUCACCCCACUUUUUCUUCUUUGGCCCCAGCUCUUCUCCUCUCCUCUCUUCCUUCGUUAGACCGAUCCAGCUUUAUGGCAUUUACGAGCAGCAGUCAGUGCAGUGAGUAUGAUGGCUCUUUUAUGGCAAGCCCUUUAUUUUUCUGAUCUUAAACUGUGAGGUGAUCUUAGAUUAGAUCUAAACUGCUCCAAUUUCAGUGUGAGUAAUGAGCUUAAGAUGGGUUAUUAUACAGUAAUUUAGUAAUUUGGUGCUAUGAGGGCAGUUAAGGACUGUAAGUGAAGCUGAUAGUGUCUAACGCAGUCAGGAUUAUUGUAUGAGUCCAACAUAUGAGCAUACCUCGAUACAAAUACUCACUUGGUCUUAAAGCCACUUCAUCCAGAGACAUUUGAUUCACAUGUAAAAGCAUGUAAGCACACAGAAAAGAAGGUAAUUGAGUCUGAAUGGUCUACAGAUGAAAAUGUAUUACCGCUCUUCCUUUUACCGGUGCUAAAUAUAUACUUUUCUUUAGCCAGGCUUUGAAUCAGCCUUAAGUUCCCCACCCAAACAGCUGGGACCUGGCAACCCAAGGUACAGGAUCUGGCAUUAGGAAUUAUGAAACACCUCUCGAUCCACACCUCUGCUUCCUCUUUAUCCCUCUCUUCACCAAUCCCUGGUUGAUCCCCUCUCUGCUUCCUCCAUCAAGGUGUUUGGCUAUAAGGAAAGGCUUUCUCCCUUAGGUUUUAAAGAGUAUCCUCAUGCCAAAUUACAUCUCUCCGGUUUUGGGAUUUCUGAUGUUAUGUCCUGAUCUGAGCGGGCCCUGAGGAUUUCAGCGAUGGGUUUGAAAGCAUGAAAUGGGAUGACCUUUGAGGUAGAUAGGUGAGUAAUUUGAGGAAAAACCAACAUAUGAGUCAGGUUUUAGUCAGACAUCAGGACACAGCAUGUCUCCAAACCAUUUCAAGUGCUCUCUUCUCAGAAGUUUUUCGAAACCAGAAGAAAAGGAAGGCAACAAGUUCUCCAAAACGUACAGUAUACUUUUGUGUCUUAAAAGUCUGAGGUCAGUUCUUAUCAUAAAUGAAGCUUUUGGUGACAUGAAAAUAAAAUGAUAUGAUUAAAAAUCUGUCAACUGCGAAUCAAUCAACUCUUUUCUUAACUGGUAGUGAAGACUUAACACAAGCAAAAACACUUUAAAAAAAGUCACCUAAACAAAGUUAAACUACAAGUUUACGUCUUUGCUCAGCAUAAGUUAAGGCUAAUGCAGCUUUUUAAGAGGAGAAACUUGUUUCAGUGUCUGAUUUAUGCAGUCUCAACGGUUUUACAGGUCAGUUUUUGUUCGUAAAAAUAAGUCAUCAGACUCUGCUUCCUCCAUGGAGAUGCUUUGGUUUAAACUGUGUCCACAGGCAUACAGCAGAGCAAAGCACAGCUGACCCCUGCAUAGCUCUUUUCUGGAAAGGAGCCACUUUUCUCUGUCUGUGACGCAGGUUCAAAACAGGAGAGGUGAGGGGAAUCACUCUCAUAUCCUGUCUGUGCGCGCACUGAUCCACAGAGCCUCAUGUUUAUACACCCUCAUAUGACGGAGACAGAGCAGAGCAGAGGAGAGGCAGAGCGGAGAAGCAGAAGGUGUUUAUUUUCCCUCACAUAUAAAGGCAGGAGUUGUGGGACACAUGUGAAGAAGCAGUCUUUCACCAGCUUUGUGUUUAGACUUGGACCAGGACAGAGCUGCUGCCAUCAGUUCUCCGAGCCAAACACCGAACCAACUUUUAAACAGGCUUCAACUCCUGAAAAAGUCUAACAAGACUGGAUUAAAUUAAACAAAAAAUAACAAAACAUCGCACUUUACAAAAGAAAAACAGAACAAAGAAAAACAUUGAACUGCAGAUUGCAAAAUGUAAUGCCUACCAGUGAUUGAUGACAGAUUCACUUACAUUGUGCCUUUCAUUGUUUCACUUUGGACUGUUUGUAUGGGCCAUUUCAAUCUGUGGCUGUUUGCAAUUACACACUUACAGAAUAAGAUAUUUACUAGUCUCUGGAAACCAGUAGAAAAACCUCCAAUGAAAUGGAGAUUUGGUUUUAACGACUACAAGGAUAGUGCUGCAGGUUUUUAAAGAAUAAGAGCUACUGGUGUUGCCUUAUCUGUGUACACAGUGAUCAAUGAGCAGAGAGAGAGUCUUUGGAGAACCUGUUGGCUUUUGUAGGUUUGACCCUUGACAUAACUUGACCUGUGGAAGAGUGCACAUGUCAGUUUUGGUGAUAAGGAGAUAAACACUGUCGUUUUCAGCUGACCUCAGAUAUUUUUUUAAGGAUUGUGAGUUUUGGACUUUUAUUGUUUUUGUUUCAAUUUUUUUUUUGCAAACAUGCAAACGUGCUUCAUAUCUUGUACAUCUGUGCUCUUGAAAAAAAGCUGUGGCAAAAGGUCUUUGCUGUGCUUUUAUUUUGAAGGACACGAUACCUGCUGUGACAGGCUUCUUUUUUCACACUCAAACACAGUGGGUGGCUUCAAUGCACAUCGAUAAUCCUGUCACCACAGACUCUCUCAAACAUGGAUGAAGUCACCCAACGUCAAGCUACGUCAACCUCUGGUUUGUCAAAAGAUGUGUUGAAGGUUGAUAAUGGCAGGUGUUUAAUAUGCUGCCUCAGCCUAGCCUACUCACAGGCAACGAGGUGGAGUUGAGGCUUUACCGAUCGAAAUCCACUGCUGUAACAUGUACAUUUAAUGUGUAUUAGAAAUAUGUAUUUUCUAAAUGUGCAGCCUGUUUCUCCUGUUAAAAACCUUUUGGGGCGCUCACACCAAGCACGAGUAAAAUCAUCUACUCGCUUAAUUCUCUCAAGUCUAAAUGCAUGAAUGAAAAGUAUUUACUUGCUUCGUUCGCACGUCAACGGUAAUUUCAAUAUUUUGUUAUAAUUUACCAGGUAAUCGGACCUCCUCACUCACUUUCCUCUAGGUGAGCUCCUUUUUAUUCCAGUUUCAGUAAUUGAAAGAAAAGGUAUCAUAUAAUUCAGGGCUCCCACACACCGACUCAAUCAGUUUGUCCUCCAUUUUAGAUACUAAUUAACAACAGGCAACCUUUGUACUGAGUAGUUAUCGCAAUGCAAACAUCUGCUAAGUUGAGAUUUGUCCAAUUCGCAUCAUUCGCGCCCCCAGAGUUGUAGGAGCAUCUAAUCAUGUCUCUGCAUUGACUUAACAUGUAAUUCAUUUGCGCAAAUGAUUUUACUUGAGCUUGGUUUGUGGAGACAGUGAAGAGUACAUUUUUCUCGUCUUCCAGCGUAGCUCAAGAAUGAAAAAAGUCGAGGACACAUGCAGCAUGAAAUAAGCAUAGAUUUAAAAAUGAUUCAAUUAUUUCACAGUAAUUCAAAGACAGUUAUCCAGGUCUAUAGAGAGGCCUCAGAUCGCUGUGUGCGCUCUCUCACAUUAAGCGUUUAAACAGUAGUCUUCCCACUCGUCUACAAGUCAGAGUUAUGGAAUAUCACUCAGGUUUACUGACCUUAUUGGAGUUGUUUGCAGGUCAGGACGACCCUUGUUAGAAGAAUGAUGGUGUUGUUAAGCUGCAGAGAACCAUUCCUCUUCUUUACUGGAUGAUCUCUAUCACUUCACUACACAUGUCACCCCAGGGAUUAAUGGUUUUACUCCCACCACCGCUCCGGAUGACGGAUGGGUGGGCUUUUUGGCUGCUUCUGUCAUUCACAUUAGCGCGGUGAAUACAACAGUAUCUUCACAGUUUUCUUUUUCUCGCCCAAUGACUUGACAUUCCCCUUAAGCAUUCAGUCCUUUUGGGGAGGAACCGGCUCAGUGGCUUUGGCUGAAACUCUGAUUAAACUUCAGUGGUUCUGUUAAUGACUCCUACAGUUGGAUGUGCUUAAGGAGAAAGCUGCCAUGCUGUCUGACCCCCAUGUGUGCUCUCUGCUCAUUGCAGACUUGGCUGGGGAGACAGUUUUGUAGGGCUUCCCUGUUAAAGAUGAUGCAUUAGAAGUCCAUGCCCUCUGAGAGUCAUGCAUCACAUGCUCAUGUUUAGUACAUUUGUCCUGACGAAGCUCUUCAAUCCACUCAAAAAUCUAUCAUUCUUGCUGUAAUUCAUAAGCAGUGAUUCUAUGUUUUUGUGAGGAGACUUAUUACCAAUAUGUACUGCCAGACAAAUUUCCAGGAAGAAGACAAUGUUGUUUUAGCUGUGCGGCUAUCGGUUUUAUGCCCUUCCAACCACCUGCUGUCUGUGUGAGUGCUGUGGUUGUGUUUGUCAAUUGUCAGUGUGUAUCUUCAAGUCUGGGGGCUAUAUUUCCUUCCCACAACUUUGUGCAUAUUUGUCUCAAUGUGAGCAGGAAAAAAAAAAGUUUGGUAAUCCACAUGUGUUUCUAAUAACACACACAGCCCCGACAGCCUGGCAAGGGACUGAGGCCGGGGAAAGGGGGUGUCAAAAAAAAGGGGGUGGGGGAGUGGGGGGGUCGGAUUGGGUAAAAGUGGACAGCAGUGGUUUGGAUGUCCUUUAGAAGGAAAUAAGCUUCAAGAGUAGACUACUGUAUGUGGGAAUCUGGUGCCAGUACCCAUGAUUGAGUGUGACGCAUUGUUCCCUUGACAGCAAUACUUGAAAUGCAGAUUUUGUUUGAGUUGGACACCUGUUCCACUUCAGUUCAGCAGGCAUUAAAGUGACAUAAUACUUUAACUGCCCUAAUUACCUUAAUAGCCAUCUCAGUCAAUCAGCCUGUUGUAACAUUACAAUAAGAAACAUUUACAUGAGUUGAACCUUCAGUUAUGUCCACUCUCAAUAACACUUACGACUUAUUUACACUUUAUCUCAGAGUGACAGAGGAGAGUGAGAGCUACGGGAGUGGAGGGAAAUAAAUCAGUGCUGUGCUAAAGCCAGACAUGGGGAAGCACCCGAUAAUUACGGCACCAUUUCUCUUUCAUGAGAAGCAGUGAUGCACAUCCUUCCCGUGUUCUCUCCUCCUUCCCAAAGCCAACAGUCUUGUAUCUCCUUCUGCGGAUUUACAGUAACGUUCAAUUACAUGAAACACGUGACCGCUUGUGAAUUCAAAAAGCUUUUGGAAUGUAAAUCGCUUAAAGCUCACACAAGUAGUUGCAUUUUUCAAUCUCAACAAUUGGAAAGGCAGUGCUGAAAUUUCUAAGGUGUUGUGUUGCAUAAGUGCCCUUUUUCCCCCUCAGACAGUCAUGUGAGACUCUCCAGAAGCAGCACCUGCCUCCACCCUUCCAGCCAUAUGCCCCACUCCCCCCACCCGUUUCCUCAGCCAAAACCAUCAUCUCGCUAGCAGAAGUGCUUACGACUAAAAGCAUCUGGAACAAACCACCUGAAAGUCAAGGGUCAAGCUGUGAUGUCACUGCUUUAUGUCUAAUGGAAAAAGUAAUAUAAGGUGUCACUUGCACCAAAAGCAUUCACCUCAUACAACCCCGGCAGAGGUGAGGAGUUCAAACCAAUUCAUAAUUCAACACUCAUCUAAAUCCACAACAGCCCAAGGCUAUAAGCUAUGUGAUCCAGAUAUUGCCUAGUGUUGUUUUGUUAACACUUAAUUCAAGCGUUAGAUUUCAUAUCCAAAAAUGUGAAUCCGAUCCGACUAUGUAAUACAUUAUUAUUUCUCAUAUCUAGGCCAGUGUUAUUUAUUUUUUUUACCUUGACAUAUUUCAACCGCAAACUUCCUGCAGUCUUCCUCAGAAGAGUCACUUGGUGUUAUGACAUUGUCUGUCAGCUAAUUCAUUGAGGUUUUGUCAUCCUACCUGAAGCAGGCAGCAGGAAGACUACACACUUGUCACUGAUCCAACAUGACUUCUCUUAAACUGUCGUUAAAUUAACUUGUUGUUUCCUGGACUUACAAUAUCUACAAACUCCUUAAUCCCGAUAAAGUAGGACUCAAGUGGUGGAACUGUUGGUUUGAUGGUUAUUUGUUGGUCUAGACUUAAAACUGUAAUUUGGUAAAAUGACAAAAGGUUGUGGUGUAUAUAUAAAAAAGCUUUUAAUAUCAGUCAAUAGCUAUUAGUUAUUGAUGACAUUUGGUAAUAUAACGAUAUCGCUGUGUUCUGUCUGUGUAGUCAACAUUUUAAUAUUUUUGAGUGGCCCGCUCAUUCUGACUGUAAACAAAGCCAUUCUCUGCCUCCCCCAACCUGAUUGGUUGUUAGGCAGACAGUGCUCACUUGUGUCGUUCACGAGCUCAAACAAAGCUAGUGUGCUACAAUAUCGGACAGUAGAAACCAACCAGAAAGUACGGGAAAUUGUCUGAAUCCUCCUUUGGCCACGACCGCCAACACAAGCAACAAAACAAAGUAAAUAUCGGAGACUCUGGCCGAAUAACAGGUGCUUAAAAAGGAGGUAGACCGGACAAGAGCUAAAAAGCCGGGUCAACAUCAAUGAUUAAACGAUGGGGGAGGCUUCGGGAUCUUAUGGACAUGUAACCUUUCUGCUGGACAGGUAAACCGCUUGAACAAAGUGAACCAAGUGUCUGUAACAGAAGUGUUUCAUUUCAAACGGGACCUGCUGCGUGUUGUGGCGCCACUAAACUGUUUACCUCCGGUCCUGGAGUAUGUCACUUUAUCCUAGUUGUAGAAGUACAGUAGCACCAAUGCUUUUUACUUUCACGUUGACUGGGCCCCAUUUGUAAUUAUCUGAAGUAUUUAUCUGCAUUAUAUCUGAAUUUAAUUGAAACGAUACGAGCGAGCGGGAGCAUCUGUUUGUGGGCGGGGCUUGCUGGAGCAGAGAGGGAGGGGAGAGGAGGAGCAGAGGGGAAGAUUGGUUGGGAGGGGUAGUGUUUACAUUCAAGAUUUCUCCCCAAAACUGGCACUUCCUCAGAUCCUGCCGACCCCACCUUUAAAUAUUUGGGUUUAUUGUUUCCAGGACAUGAAUCCUGAUAUUGCUGUUUUUCCCUGACCUCUACUGGACAAUCACUAUGUCUAAUGGUUUUCCAGAAUAACCAGUUUCCUGGUUGUUCAGACUCAAAUCUAAAUACAUAAGUCCCUGACCAUGUCCUUGACAGAUUUAGGGUAAAGGACUUUGCAAACUUGGAAUGGACUGCUCAGAAACUUAGCUCAGAUAUACAGUAGUUUUCUCUAUAAUGGCUACAGAAGCAGGUCAGAGUUCCACCUAUUAAAACUUAAACCCAAACCAUUGACCAAUUGUUAUAUAAUGUAACACAAUAUUGUGUCAAAUUCUGUCCAUAAAGGGAAAAUAAAGGGCAAAAAGUUCAAUUGUUAGCAAGGCUCCUACAUUUUUAAAUCUGUGGAGGCUAGGGGUUAGAUAAAAGCCAAUCAGCACUGUGUUGUGCCGCCUGUUCCUCAGUCCUGAUACAGAAAGUCCAUGCACGGUUUUAUUUGUCUGACUCAUCCGUGUGUGUGUGUGUGCAUGUUUAUAACACUUGUUUAACUGUCUGUUUGUACUUUCUGUUACUUUCAGCUGUUCCUAUCUGAUUACCGGCUGAUAAGAUGUGUUUGUGUCUGUGAGAAAAAAGGAAAGAAACUUUCAGUUUGCCGUCAGGCUGUGAUUGGUUAGCUGGAGUGGCUCUGAUCUGUCUUUUAUUACAGUGGCAAUACUCCCAGAGAACACAGUGUGUUUUCAUGUCAGUGUGUGUGUGUUGUUGUCUGCAUCUUUGCCAUGAAUGUCUUCAUGCCUGCAUGUGCGUGUACUAUGGUAGAGAUAUCCCCUGUACCAAUCUGUUUGCUGCACUGGCAUGGUAAAGCCCAGUUACUGGACCACUUGAAGCAUGCAUUUGCUUAAGAAUCCACACAUGUUUACAAUGUUGGUGGUAUAAAGACAUGUUUGGUCACACACUGGCAAGAUUACAGUCAAGUGCUCUUGUAUCAUUGAAGAAAUCUGUGUCCUGCUUUGGUGGGAUAAAACUUAGACUUAUUUUGUGCCGUUGUCUGUAAUAAAUUGUGACAGAAAUAUGCAGCCUUUUUAAAGUCAACUACCUCAUUAUAUGUUGGUUUGGUUGAUUAAAGCAAUAUGCUCUGUUUUGGCUGAAUUUGCUUGUCUGCUGCUGGCUGUGUGACUUUUUAUUGUUCAGUUAAGCACUGUUGUUGAUUUUGCCGCCAGUCAAGGUUUUCAUGGUUUUUCCUUUGUGUCUGUAGUUUGUAUAAAUAACCAUAUUUCUCUUGUUGUUCUUUUCCGUUUGUUUGUUUGAAAAGGUUGAUUAAAAUGGUGCUCUUUCACACAUUCAGCAGCAAAAUUGCCCUGGCCUUAACUACAGAAUGCUAUUACAAAUAAUCCCCUCUGAAAUUCAUUGUUUGCAUCAUUUGGAUAAGGGCGGUUGUGUCAUCAGAGGAAGUCAGCCAACAUCGAGAACGUUGGGAAUUUACUUUCAUUGACAAACCAUCUCCCAAAAGUUCAAAAAGCAUAUCUUUAUUUCAUUCUUUAUUGCCUCACUGAAACCAGUUUCAAACCUUUUUGUAAUUAUUACCUGACUGUGUUAUAUACUUGAUUUUGAUUGGUCAAAACCUCAUAACAACUAAAGUAAGGUCAUAUACAGCAGGAUCACACAACAUAACAGAUCAGUUCAUGAAGAGGAGCCUUACACUGUUGACCUCUGCCUGUUGACACAGUGGCAAAACGGUUUCUUUCCUGUCACCCAGGCAAUGUCAACAUAGCUGAUGAGUACAUCUCAAUGAUCGUUAAGACAAUAAGUGGUAAGGAUAAUAGCAGAAGUUGUUACAGUUACCUCACUCAUAUUUACUGGCAGUAUUCAAAAACUGCUCAGGGAACAACAAGGGAGUUAUAACUGGAGAGGAAAGUUUAACUUGAAAGUCCUGGCUGUGUGCACCACCAUCUGAAGUUUUUCCACUUUAGUCUAACUUAGGAGCUGCAGCAGAACACAAGCAUAGGACCCUCUAAAGGAAGUACAAAAUUGUAAUAUUCAAUAAAUACAGGGGUGAAGAAGGGCAUCAGUAAGCGCCAAGUAGUAGGAUUGAUGUAUAUAGUAAACUUUAUUUAUUUCGUAGUAUAAGUAGUAAAUUAAUGUGUAAAUAAUUAUUUACAGAUCCGUAAAAAUAGUAAGUACACUAAGAUAGUAAGUAUAGUAACUGUACUAAGUAAUAAAAAAUUGAGGUCUUUGAAUAGAGAAUAUACAUAUUUGUAGGUGAACCCAAGAGGAAGCAGACUAGAUGAGUAAUUAUUAUUUAAUAAUGGAGAAGGGGUGGGAUUCAGUUAGUUAGACACAUAAACACAAUGGUUUUUGCAUCUUAUUUUAUAUAUUUCCUUUUUUAUGUUUGCCUGUGUUUGUAUUUGUAGUUCUUCUCUAAGUCUUUUUUUCCUUUUCUCAUAACCGCUUAUCACUAUUCAUCAUCUCAGGUAGUGUGAACAUACCUUAAACCAGUUAAUCAUCAUGAGGGACUUAUUGGUUAUAGUGCAUACACCUGAAAAUAAGUGCAUUGACCAGGAUACUCCUUAGUAUCCGCCACCUCGAUUUAGGCCAGUGCUUGAUUUGGGUGAACUAUAAUACAGCUUCAAUUAAAAAAAAAAAACAAUGAUGAAUAAUUUUAGUUUCUUCAGGCUUGACUCAAGUUAAAAAUACCAAACAUUCUUAUGAGUUCAGUGAUUAUUUGCAUGUAAGAAAUGUUCUGUUUAGUCGUCUGACACUUCUCAACCAGCUGUGCAGCUGAUCCAACUCUGCCCCAUCAACCUCUCUCAUGCACAGAGCACCAACACAUUUUCUCUCUGUACACUCUCCCACGUCUGACUUGUAGCCCCAGCUAGAUCCUCAGGCGGCCAUACAUCUCUCUUCCUGUCAGCAGCUAAUUGGUUGGCCCUCAGGGCAUCCUGUGUCACACCACACCACCAUUCAUUGGCCAAUAUGCACUCUGCCACUGAUGUCAUCUGUUAGGGGGCCGUGACAGAUCCAAACUGUCGUGUUUUCAACCCACUGAAAGAAUAAGUCUGAAACGACCGGUGAAAUAUGUACUAAAAACAGAAUAUUUUCUUAGCUGUUGGGAUGUUUGUCUGCCAAAAUCAAAUAUUCAGAACACGUACUCAUGGGGCUCUUCCAGAAAAGAGUCAGUAAUGAUAUUUAUACCCCAUAUGAAUUCUCCUGCUUUGCAUUACAUUGUAUAGGAUGCUGUAUUGCAGUUCGUUAUUGGUUUCUGGCAGCCUUGCGUGUUUGUUAAUAAAGAAGUUUCCAUCUUUCCCUUUAUGCCUUUGCCUGUUCUGCUGUAUCAGGUGUCCAUUUUGGAGCAACAAGCUGCACACAGGUGGGAGGAAGAAAAAAAUCACCAGCACAACAUAAAUAUUAUUCUGAGUUUCUGGGAAGUAUUUCUCUCAUGUCGAUGGAAUUGCUGUCUUGAAUCUUUGCCAGCACACUGUUUCUCCCCCAGCACCUCUUCCCCUCCCUCCUUUCCUUCGCUCCUUCUCCCUCCCCCUCUAACCCUGAACAAGUCUUAAUUUGUUGGGAAUAUUACUGCCUUGUACAGACAUUCACAGAGGCUGAGGAGGCUUAUAGGAACUGGGACCAUCUGCGAUUUGAUUUGCUCGUUGUAGAUGUGUCGGUGCUCAAACCUCUCCUGAGUUUGGCUUGUUUAAACACACACACACACGCACACGCUGCACUGCCCUUGGCAUUCAAAACUGUCAGAUGGAAUUCUUCAGCAAGUGCACUCACUCUUGUUCUAGUUGUUACAGCGCGGAGGAGCGGGAAAGGUUGGGAUGAGUGAUUGCUAGUCGCUCGAGGCAGAACACUCCUUGUUCCACAGUAUAUACCUUAAAGGGAUACACAUUCGGGCUGCAGGAUGCGCACAACUGCAUGGCCUGGCCUCCAACCCCUCUUAAUCUGUGACAAAUUUAGGUUUAGAGGAAAUGCAGGGUGCACAUGGGGAGCUGUGUUCUCUACGUGUAACAGGUUUAGGUUUGGAUAGGCAUAUGAUUUGUGUGGAGGGUGCCUCAGGGAGAGUAGAGACAAGUGUGUGUGUGUGUGUGUGUGUGUGUGUGUGUGUGUGUGUGUGUGUGUGUGUGUGUGCGCACUUGGAUUGAGACAGCAUACAGGGGUCUGUUUUCUGUUAUUGGGAGAGCAGGCCUUGACUUCCACUAACCAGCACUAUACAACCACCAAGAGAGAAGUAAUCCAAGCUCCUCUCUCCCUCUCUCUCUCUUUCUCUCUCUCUCUCUGUCUCUCUCCCUCUCCCCCUCUCCAUGGCACUCUCAGGUUCCCCAUCCCUCCCUCCUUUUCUCCCCCCAUCUCUCCUUCAAGCCUCUCUUAUGAAGUGAGAGGCCAAACACAGGCCCACAGUGCCGGAUCAGGCUCCCUCUAUCGAUUGACUUUAUUUAUGUGUUUGUUUAUUUAUUUAAAAGGCCCUGAACCCCUCUGUCCCUGAGGGGUACUUAUGUGCCACACAUACACUCACACACUGUCUUUCUUACUUGACUGAGCUUCUAUGUUUAGCCAGGGGUUUUUGCUGCGUCACUGCUGGGUGUAAUGUGUGUCGUCAUCGGAGGUGUGAUAUUAGCUUAUGUGUGUGCACUGGGCUCGUUGUGUCUUGUGUCUAAUUGGGAAAUAUUAUAAACCAGGAUGAAGCCAGGAUGAUGGUCAAAAAAGGAAUAAAGAUGUCAUCUUGCGGUUGUAUGAUAAGACUUUGUUAUCCACAGUCAAGUUAAAACAGAACUGCACUGUUGUGGUAUGAUCACCUCAUUAUAUAAUUGGCUGUGAGAAAUGGUUUUUAAGAAGGUUAAUCGGUAACAAAAACAGUUAGAGAAAUAUUUUUUCAAACUACUUUUUAUCAAACUAUUUUCUGUUGAACUUUUUAUUCUGUAAAAAAAACUAAUUUUCAAGAUUAUAUACUCAGUCAUGAGAAAAUGUUAUGUUUAAAAAGAUUAUGCUGUUUUCUAAAUAAUAUUUUUUUUUUGCCAUUUUUCUGAAUUUUAUAAGAUUAUCAUCUUUCUGAAUUAAAGCUCCUGAUUUGUGAGAAUUUUGGCACCCCCUGUGGACAAAGUAGUCUUUGCUUGUCAUGUCUUCUUCAUGUUUGAGCAGUGACUUUAGCCACCAGCUACCCGCUCGCUCUGGUUACAGGUGUUUAAAGUAACAAUAUAAGAAUCAUUCACCCUGUUACUGAUGGUUUUGUUGACUUUUGAAUUUCACGAAAAAGCACCAGUACAAAUUUCAGUCUAUUUUAUAAAUGUCAAAAAAAUCCUUAUUGGAGCUUUAAGAGGUAAAUAAAACGCUUUUAUUUAUUUAUUUUUUAUGACUUUAUUUAUUGGAAGCAAUACCACAGACAGCAACAUGUCAGUACAACGUGACAGAGAAAACGUCCAUUCUAUCCCAAAAUCGCACUCCACUCAAAGGUGAGCAGUUCUAUGAAUCCCAUAACAACAUGUAAACAGUACAGAAUACAUUCAACAAACACAUGAAUAAGGAAAAUAAUAGGGUAAACAAUCAGAUGAAAUAAAAUGUAAACAAAAUAAAAUAAUUGUUUAUUUUAUUUAUUUAUUUUGAUCAUUUGUUUUAUUUUUAAUUAACAAGACAAUGAUCUUGUUCAUUUAAAACUGGUAAUGGUCAUGAAAUUUGUUAACAACAGUAAUACAUUACAUGACUUUGUUACAGACAACUGUUAUCCCAUCACAUUAAUGUGUUAUUUUGUAACAUCUUUACCCCAUCAGUGAUCAGGGCCUGUGUCCACUAACAAAUUAGAAAACAGAAGGAUCUGUUUUCUAUGUAAAACAAAUGUAGUUAAGUGUUUUGGAUGCUUCGUGUCCUGAGAUCAACGUGUCCUUCCACACCAGAUGUGAUUUUUGUCUCUGAACUCUUCAGUCCCUCUUUGACCCUCAGUCAAAAAGGAUUCAGCUUUUGGGGCACCACUUCACUUGUCAGUGUCCGAUUGAAACCAAGAUGGGACAGGACUAAUAAUAUCAACUUUGUUAAAGUCCCACACCAUGGGCGGGGACAGCGCUGCUCUGGACCUCCUCCUCGAGUCUAACAUUGCCGGUGUACUAGAAGAAAGAAGUAACAUAGGACCUAUUUAGCUCUUGGACACAAAUGUCUUUAGGGGCAGGAUGAAAGUUAAUAUCAUAAUUAGCUUUUUUACAAGCAAUCUCGCACUUAUUUUUCUGAUAUGUCCUCUAGAAACAGAAAAAUGCCAUAUGAACAUGUAGACAGCAAUGAUUUUCAUCAGAGUGGGUCUUUAGUAGUAGUGGAAACUUACCAGACUCAUCUUCCAGGUGCUUUUGCUGGUAAAGCAAAGAUAUGAUUUCUUUCCAUUGUUUGUACAUUUUCUUUUUAAAGUCUUUUUUGAGUAAAAAGCCGAUAUGAAGCAACAUUCUGGAAACACCUCUCAAGGCCACUAUCGAGGAAAGUGCCAUGAGAGCACUUACACAACCUAACAACAGUAAGCACUCGAACAUGCAAGUCUUUAGUCCUGUCAAUGCAAGAGAAGCCGUCAGUGGAAAUAGGCCCCAAGGGUUUCAGUUGUCUGUUAGAUUUUUGAUCUGUUUCUUAUAAGAUCGUAAACAUUCAUUAUGAUGUAAGUAUUUUUCUUAUAAUGUUGUAACUUCUAAAAAUAUUCUUUAAAAGAUGUUUUAUUGAUUUAACUGCAAUAACCUGUGCAGUUUUCGGUGGCUGUUUUAGUUUGUUUGUCUGCUAAUGCUCUCGUCUGUGUGUUUUGCCUCUAUAAAGACAUCUAGAUUGUCCUCUAGCUGACAGCCAAACAGGUCUGUCUUCUUCCCGCUCUGUGCCUUUCUAACUUUUGGCACAGUAACGUUUGGAGGUGUCUAACACCACCUGCCUCUCUGCGGUGAUUAAUGACUUCAUCAACUUUCAACAUAUUAAAAUCUGAUCUCUGUCUGUUUGUUAUCAGUGUGUCACCACAGUCAAUUCCUCAUCAUACCGUCUUGACACACAGCAGAUGGAAUGUGGGUGUGUCUAGAUGUUUGUGUGUGCGUAUGACUUUGGCGAGCGAAUCCAGCUUGCAGCCCUGUUGCAUUAGCAGGUAAUAAAUGUGGACUUAGACUCAGGGCUUUGCUCCACUUUUUUUAAGUGUGUGUGUAUGUAUGAGUGUCUUUUUUUCUUCACAUGCUCCAUAGUGAUUCCUCACUUUGAAUAAAGCUGCACUUGAUCGUUUUACCAUCUGACUCCCAUCUGCUUUCUCUUAAAGCUUCUCUCCUCCUUUCUUUAGCUCUUCACCUUUUUAUUGUAAAAAAAUAAAAUGUUAUAUUUUCAUUUGUCUGGAUUUUUGAAGCAUAUGUAAGACAGUGUUCAUUUCCAUUGGAUUCAGUUUACCUGUAAAACAGAGUAUCAGACUGUACAGGAAAUGCUGAGACUGAAAGUUUGAAAUACAGUUAAAGUUAAAUGGACGGUGAAACAGUUUCUCUGGGCUUGACUUGAGCUCUUUUGUGACUCAUCAGUUUAACAUGACUACUUUAACAACAGAAAGGAGCUAUUGUUUAUUUUAUUUUGGAUAUUAAUUGAAUUUAAGAGAGAAUACACAUGGUCUUAUUUGAAAUGGUACAUUUGGUAAAUUCCAAAUCCAGAGUUUUGGAGGUUUUGCCAAAUGGAUUUGGCAGGGUCACUUGGUAUCAAAUACUAAGCGAGGAUCCAGCAGACUUCUUUGGCUCAUGAAUCAUUCGCUCUUUUGCUUAUUCGCUCCACAUCUGGUGGCGAGAACAGAGCAGAAUGACUCGCAAGUGCGUAACUGUUGGUGUCAAGCUUGCACCACAGUGUCAUGAGUAGUGGUUUUCAGAAAACUGUUAUUUGUGUCUGGGAUUUCAUAAUAUACUGUAGCAGUAAAAUCUGGGAGGGUGUCUGGCUUGUAAUUAUAAUGACAAUAAAAUAUGUUUUUACGUGUGUGAAAAUCCUUAACCCCACAUAAUGCAAUUUUCGACUACGAUGUUUUCAGUAAGAAUGUGUCUUUGCAAGUUGGUACAGAAGUGAUUCACUUGGACUGGCAUUUAGAGCGAGAUGAAAGUGAUCAGCAGGAUUGCAAUGUGAACUAUCAGGUUGCACGGAGACCUUGCUGUACUUGUUCAAAGUUACAUGCUCUUCAGCUUCACAUAAAGAAUAGACGAAGAAUAAAGUCUUAACUUUGAAACCAGUGUGCUGCUUUGUGACUCAAUUUUGUGAAAAUGAAACCUUAUUCUCAACAAUUGGCUGGUGUACUAUUUUGUUCCAGACUUAGAUAUCUUAACAACUGCUGAUGGGUAGGAAUUGGAUACAGAUAUCCAUGGUGCCCAGAUGAUGAAUUGUCAUGCCUGGAGAUGGUCCUCUGGCAGUUGUUCUUACGCCACCAUCAGGUUUCUUUGCUUUUUCUGGUUUGAAUGAGAUGUCAAAACAAAAUUUUGGAUGGAUUGCCGUUAAAUUCAGUCCAGAAAUGUUACAAAAGAGACAAAGAAGAAACUUGGAUAAUCUCUUAACUUUAAAUCCAGAACAUCACCAGGCCUAAAUACAAAGUUGUUCAGCCCUUAGUGUUUGCUCAGCUUUCAGAGCUCUGUACUCUUUACAAAUCUGAAAGUCACUGGAGUAGCUUUACACUCUAAGUUUGGACCCUGUGAUAAAUAUUGCUGCCCUUCUUGUUUAAUCGUAUGAAGUCAGCCUUUUGGCACAUCAGAGGUGCUGCUGCAAAGGACUACAGCGCCGUAGUUGUAUCUGACUUCACUUUUUGCAUAACCUCAGGUAACUCCUAAAUCUGUUCUUCCAGCUGGACUCCCUGGAUCGUGAUUCUCCAAGGUACCCUAAACAACACGUCUGUACCAAUGCAGGCCUACAGUGGCUGCUUUCAGUCUGAAUCCCACCCCCACCUAUCCAGCUUUUCAGUUUGUCUCAAGGUUAGGUAAAUUCACCAACGAGAGCGCUCUGGUAACCAAGUGUUGAGCAGAAGUUUUGUUUGAACUUAGUUUUUUGAAGUGGUAAAAGAUGGUUAAACAAUUGCUCCUCAGUUUUUUUUUUUUUUUUUGGUAGACGUGAUAUAAAUGUCUCUUGGGCACUGUUAAUGUUAUGUAGAUUGUGCAAACUGGCUUUAUAUUAUUGAAAUGGCACAUUAUAUUAGAUGUCAGCCAUGCUCAGAUUAAUUUCAACGUUCAGUUGGAAAGCAUAUGAUUUGUGGUUUCCAGUAGAGUUGGUUUUGGAGAGUCAUCUCCCAGUAGCAGCAGGUAAAUAUUUUAAAGCAGAGACUUCUAGGAAUGAGGUACGUUUUGGAAAUUAAUCUGUUGGAAAGGAUGAAUAAUGUCUCAUCUGUUGGUUUUGGCCAUUCGUAUAUUUGUCUGCUUGUCUCUCUGUUUCAAUAUCCAUCUUCCUAACUCUUUCGCUCCCCUCUUAAAUGCUCAUUUGUAUGCAGAAGCUGCAGUAUGACCUAUUAAAAGUCAUUUGUCAAAUUGCAGCCAACUGGCUUGCCUGCAAUCAGGCUCAAUGUGAAUAUAUUUUGACAUGUGUUUUUCCUGCCCUCCGCUGAGUGCCUAAGGACCUGUGACAGGCCGGAGCCUCUCUGAAUACUAAUAAAGUUAGCUCUAAUACAGCUGGCAAGGACGCGUACAGACGCUCAAAUACAUACACACUGGAGUACUGUCAGCAGAGUGACACAGCAGACGCAAUCUCCAUAUUCCUGUAAUAUAGGACCUGACAGUCACAACAAGUGGCACUGUCACCUUCCAUCACUGACUAAAUAUGUCAGCCUGCAGAACAAAAUGCCACUUUCAGACACGUAGACGGGCUGCAGCAGCACAAAUACGUUCAAGCAUGCCAAGAUAUCCAUAGAAAAAUGCAGAGGCAGGACAGCAGGUCUGUGUGAGAGCUGCUCAUGUGUUUCCCAGCAGAGGAAUCUGUCCCUGGAGACCAGCUGGAUGACACACAUGUUUGUGGGCUUUGGGACCAGAUUCUGCUGAGCUUCUGGAGCACAAUUUUCACUUCAUAGCCAAGUUGCAAAACCAUAUUGUUGCAUGGUGUUUAUGAAAAAGAAAAUGCAUAGUGAGCAUGUCACAUAGCUGUGUCCCCAAUCACUUGGAAGUGCAGCAGAAAAGCACAACAAAUCAGAAGAGGUGAACAGCCACUGGAUUUAGAAGCAUGGAUUGCUAAAUAAAGGUUCAAUGUGAACAGUGGUAUUGAAGAUAAAGUGAGGACAGCCAGUUGGAUUUCAGGACAGGAAACUCAAAGGUAGACAGCAAAACCAGACAGAAAAUUCCAGCUGAUUCUUUGAACAGAUAUUUAAGGAAUCAUGCCAGCCAAGUUUUUGUCCUGUGAGAAAAAGGUUAAUUGUUGAGCGAUCUCAGUGGACAGUUUUUCUUACAGUAGUUGAAGAAGGACUGAUGGGGCGCUCACACCAAGCGAGAGUAAAAUCAUCUACUCGCUUAAUUUGUGUGAAUCCAGACGCAUGAAUGAAUAAUAUUUACACGCUUCAUCAGGCAUCAUUACCAUUUAUGCUAAUAUCAACGGUCAUCCCUGCUACUUCAACCAGCAGGAUCAAGUGAUAAAGGUUUUUAACAAUUUACCAGGUAAUCCGACCUCCUCACUCACUUGCCUCCAGACGACCUCCUUUUUAUUCCAGUUUCGGUAAUUGAAAGAAAAGGUAUCAUAUAAUUCCCACACACUGACUCAAUCAGUUUGUCCUCCGUUUGGAUACCAAUGAACAACCGUCUGUUUUCAUACGUCACCUGGCAACCAAUCGUGCUGAUUGGUUAUAAUGACGUGAAUAUCAGCUCAAGCUGAGACAUUUUCAACUCCCACCCAAUUUACGUCAUUUAUGCCACCAGAGUUGUAGGAGCGUCUAAUCGGGUCUUUGCAUUAAAUUAACAUGUAAUUCAUUCGUGAAUAAUUUUACUCUCGCUUGGUGUGUGGAGACAGUAGCAAAUAAUACACCAUAAGCUUCUGACAGUCCACAUGGAGAGCAAAAGCAGGUGGAACACAAUCCCAUCCUAAAAACUUUUUACAUUUUCUAGGAUUUUCUGACCAAAAGGGUUGACCCAUGUAAAAGAGCACUUCUUAGGGGUAAUAAGCUGCUUAGUGGAAAAAGGGAAAUCUCUGAGCAUGAAGGAUGUCCAUUGCUAAAGUUUGAGAUGAACUCAGACUAUUGUUAUCAAAAUAACAGGAAGUGUUAAUGUUUAUUAGCAAAGCUGCAAAUCUGCAGUACAGUAGGAUACAGUUUGCAUCCAGCUUUCCUGUAAAAAAAAAACGUAAUAAAGUACGAUUAGUUUUGUUUCAGUGUGUCCUCUGUGUGAGUGUAGUUUGUAAGUAAAGCUUGUAGCUAAAGCUGUCAGGCUCCAAGAUUGAUGUGGCAGAAGUUCUGUUGCUCAGUUUGUGUCUUAUACUCGAUGAAAGAGGUCAGGCACAAAUGAAGGGCUUCAUUAUACAAAUACGUUCUUUAUCAGUGAAUCAUUAUGAGCAUAAAAUUCCAGCAAUAAUAGCGAAACACCCAUCACAUUCUUCAGAUUUACAGAUUAAAAAGCUUACCUUGUCUGACCAGAUUUCCAAAAUCUUAAUCUGCGUGAAAGUCGAGCCUUUAAAAGAUGAACCAGUGAUUGUGAGUUUUGCAUGAAAAAUGACUGCUGCUGGUGAUCCCACCAAUAGUUUCCAUGACAUUUUACUGUGAGCUAAUAUUGAAGCGUGUGGUAGAUGUUUGGCCAGAAGUGAAGGGAUCACCGAAAUCAUUUUGAUUCAUCGUCUGGAUACUUAAAAUGUUUGCACAAAAUUUCAUCCCAAUCCAUCAAAAAAGUGUUGUCAUGUCUGUCUGGACCAAAGUGAUGGAAAAAUUGAGCCUAAUCAGUGGAGCUACAUGUCUGUCCAGACUGAGCUAAUUCAUCAUGUUAAAUCUUGCACUUGUAAAUCUCUAUAUUCCAUUACUUGAUUCUUCUUGUUAUUGUUAUUUGAGUGUGUGUAUGCGAGUGUUAUGACCCUGUGUCUGCUUUUGCCAGUUUUAUGUCAUAUGACAGCUCAUGUUUGGAGACCACAAAAAUGUGUUAAAUGCCCUUCGUGUGUUUUUCUCCCUGGUUAUUGUAACGAUUCGGUCACUGCUCGUGUGGCCGUUGAAGUGCACUGAUUUGCUCAAGCUGGAGUUGAGUGAGCUAGUAAAGUUCUUGGCAGGCGGGAUAAAACCUCAGCCGCUCUCAAUGGACAUAAACAGUACUGCUGCUCUGCCCUCAGGGUAGUGUUUUCCUCUGCUAACUGAUCAUUUUACUAACAGCUAUAUAUUUAGUCUGUGUGAAAUGAUACUGUACAACAAGAUCAAAAAACAGGGUGCCAAACAAGCGAAAAAGGUGACGAAUUCUGAUCGGGUUAUGCCCCUUUAUUGAUGACGGAUAACUCUUUUCUAUUGUCUCUACUUUGAUUUAUAGAGUCCUCUCUCUUGUAGGUUUUCAAUAAUGAGAAACACCCCCACACAAAUGGCUUGGCUUCAGUGAGCUGAACAGGCCAUGCUAGUUGAGGCAUGAUACAAGGCAGGGGUUUGAGGCAGAGUCAUCAGUCAGCACCAAGAGGCACUGUGGGACAUUAUAUGCUGCCUGGUUGUCUUUAUAGCACAACUUGGACUUUAUGCUGAGCUAUGUUCUAGACUACCACGACAUGGCUCAGGUCUUAAUGUGCCCUUCACACUUGUGGCAGACCUCUUUGAAAUGCAAGAAUAUCAGAACCAUCGCUCACUGGCCUACAUCUUGGAGAAAAUACCCCCUUUUCACUUUAAGAUCAGCACCGGCAAUCAUUUACAGUCAUACGAUCCCUCACUGUGUCCCACACCAACGUGUGCAUUAUGGAAUAUUCUUUAUUGAAAGAAAAGAGGCAGUUAGCUCUUUUUUCACUCACUGCCUUAAUGUUUUAAUCGCCAAAAAGUACUGUAUUGAAACCCACUGCCCUUUUAAUAAAAUCAUAACACCAAGUCAAGGUCAUGUAUGCAGUCCAUCCAGUCCCAUCCGGUUUGCAGCAAGGCCUCUUUUUGCCCAUUUAUCUAUUUGUAUGGCAGUAUUGUUAUACUGUGGAUUUUUUUGUACUCAUCUUCCUGACAAAGUUUAAUUUGCUAUUAGUCCUACAGCUUUAAGAGUUUGGACAAAGUUUAUAUCAAAAUGUACGUUUUGAUCAGGAUCGGUGUGUUAUUACUUUUCUCUAUUGUAUACCAAGAUUUUCGCGAAAACCUAUGGAGAAAUUUUGUAUUGUAGUCAAUGGGACAAGUAAAAAAAAAGAAAAAAAACACAGUUUUUGGAGUUGUUCAGACAUCUACUAUGCUGGCAUACUUUCCUGUAGAGACUCCAUUUUAACAUAAAAAUGUAGAUACAAGUCUUGUCUAUUGAUGUAUUAAUCCACAUUUUGAUAGGUAUUGUAGUUUUUGAAUUACACAUUAUUCAAUGUCCAUGAUCAUUUUAGGGAAAUUUUGAGGUUAUAAUGGGUGUUUAGUGUGUGAAAUCUUCAUGACAGAGUGGGUGACAUAAUCGGCUAGAGUGAGAGAAGUUGCAUGAGAUUGUCUGAAACUUUUCUCUUUCGAUGCUCUUUACAGCCAGAAAUUACACUCUACACGCACGUUUUUUUAUCCAAAAUUUUAGACAUACUUGUUCUCUCUCUAACUAUGUGUUCAUCUAAGCAGAGAGACUUAUACAAUUUUAAACACUGAACCUCUAAGUGCGGCAAUGUCUCUCCCUCUGCUCCUCAUUGGCGCUAAUACAAAGAUUUUCUGAGAGAAACAGAAAGGACUCCUGUUUAUAACUCACAAGUAUGUCCAAACUAUUCACUGUAGAAACACCAAAAUCAUAUCAAAGCAUUCAGGAAGUUUUAACGUUGACGAAAGUCUGAUUUUUUUCUGAAAGGAGCUACCUUUUUGUCAGAAUAAGCCCAAACGUGAGACCAGUGUCAAGGCAGACAAUCACUCAUUUUGACCACCUCAGCCUGCAGUGUGUUUAUUGUCAAGGGCAGCCAGCUCAAGUUGCUGUGGCAACCUGUGAGCCUCAGGCCAGGCCCACAGCUUAGACCAAUUCACUAAUUAGGGACUGCUCUGAAAGCAAUUUGAUUGACUCAAUCAAAAUCCGUAUUAGGGCAACAGGGAAAUACACAGAAGAACUGGCCCCUACACAAUAGAGAUGCUAUAAACUUUACAGUAAACACACCCCGGCACUGGCCCCUAAAUAAUAGAGAAAUGAUCAAGUUAAGAACACGCCCCUACAUACACAAUAAUGCCUCAGGGCUUUGCCUUGGUCAUGGAUACCUGUUCCCAUUCUGAGCGUCAGUACAGUCAUUACUGCUCCUGGGUCUUCAACACUGGUCUCCAUCCUUCAGUAGCCAUCAGUAAAACUUCUGUUUUCUAGGCCUUAUGUAAGUUUUGUACAUCAUGCUGUUUUGUGACUCAUAUGAAUGCAUUUUCACCUGUUUUGUCAAAAAAAAAUGGCAGUAGUUAUUAUAAAGUACCCCAUGGCCCAUGAAGUCCACCCAUUACAGGUGAGUGACACUCAGACUGGAGUGCAUCCUCCACAUUUUCUCUUGUGUCAGUUUAAAGAGCAAGAACAACUUUUUCUUUUAUUUCUUGGUUUUGCGAGUGGCUAGUGCAUCUUCGAGCUCUUCUUCUCACCACUCACAACUUAUAAGCUGCUGUUCAUGCAGCACCUUCAGUCACAUUGCCAUGAAAAGAAAAUACUUAAGCAGUGAGUCAGAUCGACUGGAAAAAAAAGCUUUAUAUUAAUUAAAAAAAAUCCGCAUUUGCGGCAAAGCAUUAAUAAUUGUAUUCUGCAGAUUUUGAACAUAUUUUCAUACUUGUUUUAUGUACUCUUGUCAGACACAUGGGAUAUUUUGUCUAUGUGUGGUGUAUUGAUGCCAACAACAAAAUACACUAGAAUUGGAUGUUAUAUUGUAGUUUGUCAGUUAUUAGCUGAUCCUUUGUUUAGACCCUUUGACUGUGAGAAACAAUGCACCUGCACAAUGAGCGUCUCAAAUUUGAAUAAUAACUGUAACACACAAUUCUUCAAAAUUGCUUCUUUCAGAGCUCUGAUAUGGUGAGAUUAGCUGUUUUGCCUGAGGAAAAUUAAACGUCUCACCUCCCACAGUCUGAUCCUGUAUCAGUGCAGAUAAUAUAGAUAAUAUCAGUGACUUUGUGGAAAGAGUUAGUUACUCUGCUGGUGUGCCGUGUGUGGUUUUACUCUUUUAAAAACGAAAGCUGAAGAAGUUUAAACACGUUUAGCUUCGAAUCAUGUCACGAAUGAUAAACCUUGAGGAGACAGAUUGCUAAAAGAAAGUGUUUCGCCCUCCUUCGGCAUCUAAUCUUGAGGUUUUCUUUCUUCACUCGAAACUAAGGGGGACAGUAAGGAUAUGAGCAACAUUCUGCGUAUCAGGUGCAAUGCUGAUGCACAAGUUUGUCGCCAAGGUUACCUCACCUCAAAAACAAUAGCUCAAGCCAAAAAGGCCCGAGGUUGUUUUGAGAAAUCUUGCUUGUGUUUUUAGUGCAAGUCAGAGCAGUGACUCAAGGAGUUCAGUUGUGGUGAGAUUUCAUUCCACAGCAGGUAACACACUGCACGCAUUGAUGGGGUUUGAUACAGAGUGAGCAGACUACGGAUGACUUCUUGAUUGGGAGGUUCACAGUGUGAGGGAGAGACAGAUUACGCGUCUAAUCCCUCUUUCAUUACCACUUCUCUUUCCCUCUCUACCUGUCUUCAUUUCUCAUCCUGCUGAGAGAUGAACUGCAUCUGUCGUCUCCUCCAUCCCUACACCGACGUCAGGUCAGACUUUUGAGACGGUUGUGAUUGAUCGCAUGAGAUGACGAGUAAACACUUUAGAUGUGGGAAAAAAAAGUAACACAGCGGUGAAUCCUCCACCCUGUUCUAUUUGAUUUCACAACUCAGAUAAACAAACACACACAGGUUGGUUGAGCCACAUGCCACAUUUUUCAGGUUCACACAUGCCUCACAAGUGUGUGUGUAUGUGUGAUUGCAUAUAUGCCCUCAGCUCUGCUUUAACUAUAAAUGACAUCAAUUUUAAUCAGGCCACAUGUGGUUUUUAAGACAAUCCAUCUAUGCCAAGCGUCUCUCUCUCUCUCUCUCUCUCACUCACACACACACACACACACACACACACACACACACACACACAUACACUGCAGGCACAGCUUACCAGGGGUGUCAAAUCAAGUCAUAAAUCACUGGUGGAUCAGUCUUUCCAGAUUCUCAGAACAAUCUGUCCAUCCUUUCUCUCUCUCUCUCUCUCUCUCUCUCUCUCUCUCUCUCUCUCUCUCUCUCUUUAAUGUCACUGCAGUGUUUCUGAAUCACAGAUUUAGAUUUUAAAGCUUUAUUCCAACCUGAUGACACAUAAUAAUACUCCAUACAAAUGCAGAAUAUUAUAUGAUGAAGGCGAAGUUGCUUUAACAUGAUCACACUUACACAGCUCACCCCUUCCCCUCUCUCUCUCUCUCUCUGUCUCUCUCUCUCUCUCUCUCUCUCUCUCUCUCUCUCUCUCUCUUUGUCUGUCUCUUUCUCCUCCUUGUCCGGAGAGAAAAAAGCAGAGCUCAUUGGGGUGGUAAUAAAGGACAGGUGCACUGUAAUUCCUUUUGAAAGCUCUCUCAUCUCUACUGUUGGAAAACAGAGGUGUACUCACUCUUCACUCCAUAACACUUCGCCUGCCGAGGGCUGGAUACCAGACCAACGUCAAAUAAAGUUUUCUGAUCAUCUCCCAGAACUGAGAUAUUUUGCUUCUGUCUGCCUGAACACACCAGAUGUGUGGGGAGAGUUUCCACUGGAACAUUUCUGUCAGCUCCGUGUUUUAGUCUUGCUUUAUAAAGAAUAUAUUUUUUUACAAUUUAGGUGGUUUAUCUGCUCUGAUUUAAGUACUUCCAUAGCUUCUACCCAUACUAGAUAUAGGAAAGAUGUUUUUUCUUACUAGGCAGAAGAAGUCACCUGUUGGACAAGCUCUGAAUUGUUCUAGUGGUAACACAUGAAAAAGAAAGUGGUGAAGUGGGUAUCACACAUGAUCAUAACAUCAAAAUGAUGAAACAGAAUUCAUCUAACAGUUUUACAGUUUAACUCUUGUUAUUUUCCUUUUUUAAUGGAGAAAAAAAAAACAUCCUCUUUUUGUAAAAUGGGUGGGACUUGAUGAUUGACAAACAAUUUUAACUCUUUGUCUUUGCAUAAAGUGACAUUACAAUAGCAUAUCUAAGUGUAAUGUAUUACUAUUUGUACAAUAAAAAGCACAGUCAGUGCGUUUACAUGCACAGCUUAAUUAGACUAAGCUCAUAAAUCUUUUUUUUUUGUGCCGAAUCGGACUUCUCUCCUUGACCACAUAUACAUGCAGCUGAGAAAAUCAAAUUAUUGACGUGGACGUGUCCUCCUCCCCAAAACUUGGGGGCCAUUUGGGUCUUUUCAGCUGCACUGUUUCUGGUUGACCCCAUACAACUGUCAACAACAACAGCAGCAGACGUCAGAAGUGGCUACAACUGCUGCUGGACAUUUUCAAGCAAGAAGAUGGAGCAUCAUACAGCGUUGUUUUUGUCGUAUGUGAUGUAGGCACUACUUUUUCUGCAGAUGAGUUGCACACUACUCCUCUUCUCUGGUGUUUUUGUUCCGUGGUUACAGGGGCGUGUCUUGUCCAAUCAUACUCUGACUAUGCUGGGUACAUGGUAGAGAAAAUCGAUUCCAAUUGCAUUUUCUGGGUGUCUUAAUCAGAGUUCACCGACUCCAAUCGAAGUUCUCAAACUCCAGUUAUAGUCAGACUAAGGUGUUUACACGCACAUUAGUUGUCCAGUCUUGAUCGGAGUAAGGCAAUAAUUCGGUUUUCUCGAGUGUCAUGUGAACGUACUGAGUGUGUGCAAGUGUUUCAACGAUUUAUUCAGGACAGUUAAAAUAUAAUGUCAGUCACUAAGAGUGGAGAUACCCACCAAUGUGCUUUCAGUACAAAAGUUGCAAGUGCAGCUGUUUUAAAAUACUCUCACUACUCACACACACACACACACACACACACACACACACACACACACACACACACACACACACAUACACACACACACACACACACACACACACACACACACACAAUAACAGCUUGAGGUCACAAAACUGAUCACUUGUUAAAAGAAUAAAAACUCAGUGGCCUAAAUGAGAGGGUAUUUGACUUACCUUUAGUUCUGCUUGUAUUAAAAAAUGCUGCACUGAGACAGUUUUGUACAAAUACAUGAACCUCUACAUGCCUAAUAAACACAAUUAAUACAUUGUUUGUGAAGGCUGGCUGACUCAGCACAGAUGUUGUCAGCUUGUACCAGUUUGUUUGGGUGGGAGGCGGCACUGAUGGAUGAAUGAUCCUCCUGUUAUGUGAUCAAAGACGGAUACACCAUGCAGUGUCACUUUAUUUCUCUUUGCUUUUGUUUCUGUUUAUUCUAUUUCUUCCUGUCCUGUCAUUCCUGCAGUGCAAACUGUUGUGUGCUCAUAUGUGUGUGUGUGUGUGUGAUUGUGCCUGUUUACUACUCCUAAAUCUAAUCUGGGAAUGUACAUUUUCAUGUAAAUUGUGUUUUCUUGUUCUUUUUUCCAUUCAUUGAUACUUGUUAGUGUGUCUGAAUCCUGUGUGUGUGUCUGUAUGUGUGGUCUAUCUUUGUGUCAUUUGCCCCUCGCCUUGGCACUGCCACUGAUUUCCCCCUUUUGUAACUUCCUGCCUGAGGCGACUGAGCAUUUCCAGUAGCAACACUCACAGCCCAACCAUCACUUUAGAACCCUCCCUCCCUCCCUCCAUCGCCUUAUUCCUCUUUCCAAGUUCGCUCCAUCCAUCCAUCCAUCAUCCAUCAAUCCAUCUCCCCAUUCAGGACUGCCAGACCACAGCCUUGGUCUCAUUCAUUAAUCAUCAGCAGUGAGAAGGAACAAGGGAGCAGUCAGGCAGGGGGGGAGGAAACAGAGGAAGGUGGUGGGGAUGACAAGUGCAGGGGAUUGGAGGUUAAAGAUGAAACUCGAACCUCCAGGAAAUCAAAAACAAAUGCAGACAUGAUCCUGAUGAUGACAAAAACUCUGUGUUCUUGUUUUUCAGAUCCCAUUCUCGCUGGUGCAGUUUCCACUGUGGGAAUAUUUAAAGGUAUGUUAUUGAUCUUUCAGUUAAUAAACAUCUGACGGGUUGAUUUUCUCCUCUGCCUUUUAUAAUGCAUCAUUUUUUUUUACCUUUCCUCCUUAUUCCUUAUUCUCACUGAUAAAUCUGGACUGUGUCCUUUCUCCGUCCCACUCACAACCAGCUGACAUUUUAUUUUCCUCUGUAUGAUGGCUGGAAACAGAAAUAGGACUGUCCACCCCCUUGCGACCCACACCAUGACACCGACAUCAGCUUUUUGAGAGCACAUGCAGUCAUGUGCAUCUGUCUUAACUUUUCAAACUUUCCUCUAUAACUUCUAUAGUUAUAUCUCUGUCUCUCCUCAUCUCUCUUUUUUUCCUCCCUGCUCACUGUCUGUCCCUGAACACAGCGGUAGAUCUUUCUCUUUGAAAAGACGGCAUUUUGUCAGAGUGACAUCAUGUCUCAUGGGCGCGAGAGGCGGACGGUCAAACAUUCCAUCAAGCAGCGAACGGUCGAGCUGCGAUGAACAACAUGCCGCACAGCUGUGUGUGUGUGUGUGUGUGUGUGUGUGUAUGUAUGUGUGCACAUGCAUAUUAGUGUGUCCAUGCAUUUGUGAGAGUUAGAUUCUGUCUCUCACAAGUGUCUCUUUGUCCCUCCGUCAAAGGCCUUCUCUCUCCGAGCCAUCUGGACACAUCCGUUGGUGGAGAGCUGAACGGCUGGAAUCUGGACCCCUCAUCUCCUCUCCUCUCCUCUUGUCUCCUUUCCUAUUGUGUCCUCUCUUUAUUCUUGUCUUCUCUCCUCUGAAAUCAUGUCUUCUCUAACUCUCCUCUCUCUUCUCUUCAUCUGGUCCCUCCUCUCAUGUCCUCACCUCUCCUUCCCAUCCCGUUUCUUUUCCUUCCUUUCUUCCCCGUUUUCCAUUUUAGCACCUAACUUGAACCAGUAAGACAUGUCCCUCUCAGUUACUAAACCAAAAACCAGCUGACUAAUUGAUUUAAAAGGAGAUAAAAAAAAAGUUACCCCUCCCAACCAAACAGAUUUUUUAUUGCCGUUCCUCCAGAGUGACCACCACGAUGUUCAGAGACUUUCAUAAACAUCACUUCAGUUUGAAAUAUGCCAGCAUAAGAGAAUUUGAGGGAGUGCAUGUGUGUGGCAUGAUCUCCCAUCUGCUUUGUGGGAUAGUAAUAUGCUGUGUUAUUGCUUUUUUUCUUCUUUUUGUUUCACACCGAGCCAACACAGCUGUCAGGGAGAGAGAGAGUCAGACGCAAGAAAAGAGAGAAAGAAAACCAAUCGGAGGAAGAAGACAGAUUCUUUUGUAAGGGUGGAUUAGUUUAGGUCAUCUUUAUAUUUCUGUCAGAGAGAGAAGCACGGAGUGAAUUUAAAGGAUACCAAAAAAUGUCACACUUCAAUCACUGCAUGAAAGUAAAUGCAAGCAGGACACAAUCUGCUUCUGCUGGCUGUUACCUGACGAUGAUGAAUUUGUCUUAAUCGAUAGAUAUCUGGAGCUAACAAAAUGUUCCUGACCAAAGAUUUUGGCAAAUGUAAUUGAAACUCUGUCAGAAAAAACAAUCAGUGUCUAGAGUCUCUGACUUCCUGGAAGCAAAUGCAAUGGUAGUAACUUUCAAUGUUGAGUUCUUCUCUUCCUAAUAUUAGACUUUAUAAAAACUUGCAGUUUGACUUUUUACAAACCUGCAUCAUGAUCUUGUUUUAGCACAUUUUACACAUAAAUGUAAGUAAAUCACAUAAAAACCUUCUUUUUAAGUGUCAUUGGGAAUGAUUCUCACCCUUUUUCCACACAUUAAUUUCAACUUAUUUUGUUGUUUUAUUCACUUGUUUUUCCGACAUCAAUCAAGAAAAAAGUCUUUCAUUUAAUCCUGUCUGCUCUAACCUCAAAAAACAACAUGAACAAAACAGGAGGGUGUAACACUCGUAGGUUAUGAUUAAGCUCCAAGGAAUAGCCACAAAAACUCUAAGGAAUUUGAUCAGGCAUGGUAGGAACUCAGAUAUUCCAAUAAAACCAAUAAGAUGCUCAAACAGAUGGGCCUCCAUUACACACACAAAAACACACACGCACACACGUUAAUACAAACACAUAACCGAUGCUCUGACACAUACGCACAAUCCUACCACCUCCUUCCUGUGGGAAGUCACCCAGGUGCAAACUCUGACCCUGACACAAGGGAUCACAGGUCAAAAAGUUUGUUUUCCCAGGUUUUGCCCCUUAUUAUUUAUUCAUGAAACAAAGAGGAAGGGAUGGAGAGAGGCAGAGAGGGAGAGAAACAGAAAGGAAUCCCCCAGCCGAGGACUUUGAUGUGGAAAACAAAAUCUCCUUUUUAAUCUACCCUCUAAUGGAAUACACAUGAGGAGGCCAAGCUGUCUGCCAGCUCCUCUCCUUUCUCUCUUUCAUUGUGUGUUUACUUGUUUGUAUUUGAAUGUGUCGUGGAUGCACACAUGGUUUACAUGAUGUCCACAUGUGUGCGAGACAGGAGGAGAGGGAGAUAACAUGCAACAGAUUAGGCUCUCAGGGGGGGAUUGGACAAAGAAAAUAUUAGUAAUCGCUCCAUGCUGUUGCUCAAUUGCUCUCUCUCUGAGAAGUAAUCAUACCUUAAAGGGCCUGAGGCAGCACAGCUGUCCACAUGCAUUUAUACAAAGACUAACCUUGUAUAGACAGUCUCUUCACCGUCCUGCUGAAACAGGGAGUUGGGGAGAGAGAGUUCAUUUUUAAAACAAAAACAUCAGGUGGUUUCACUCAGUAGCCAGUUGCAUUUGGAGAACUGUCUUGUGUCAUGUGGGGUUCAGACAGAGAGGGUGCAUCAGAUGUAUUUUUACAUGUCCACAGGCUGUGCCCUCUUUGACUCCGAUCUACUGCUGUGAGGAAGUUGUGAAGUUUAUGGGAGUGUAAAUCUUUCCCCUAACAAGUCCAUCCAAACUGAUUUGAACUUUAAUGGCUGUGAUUCAAUUCAAAGAUGAUUCAAUAAGAUGUAGUUUGCUUUCAUGCAUAGUGAUAGAGACAAGAUAAAUUUUCUCUCAAAAUAAGAUGCCAUUGUGUCCUACUUUUCCAAUGGACAAAAGAAAAGGUCUGCUGUACAAUCUGAAAUAUACAAAAGAGGAUUAGGCCACAUGAAGAGAAAAAAAAAUAAUUACAAGGAGAUUAAAGUCGAAAUCAAAAUUUCAAGAUUAAAAAUUUGAAAUUAUGUCAAUAAAGUCGGAAUUUCGAGAUUAAAGUUGAAGUUACGGGAUUAAAGUCGACGCAAAUAAAGAUGAAAUUUCAUGAAUAAAGUCAUAAUGUUGAGAUUAAUGAUACUGAAUCAAGAGCAUUGUCGCUCGUCACUUGACAACAUGUCAGUUUAUAAAGCUGUACUGUGGAAUUGGAUUUAGUAACAAGGAAGUCCUUGCUCUUUUAGCACACAAACACAGUGUGGCCAUAAGUAUUCUGACUCUGAAAAGACUGUGCCGAAGAGUAUGAUGCAGGGAUAUCGAAGGUUACACCUGGGUGCUAUACAGCGAGGCUAUGUUGUAUCACAAGAUACAACAAGACAACUGAUCAAGUUGACUGAUCCUGAAGGAGUGGAGCACAGAUGAGCCCGGCGUCUGAGGUGCAGGCAUUACCGAUACCGAGGACGUGGAUGGCUACGACAAACUUAAGCCAUAAAGCAUUUCAUUUUGACUUUUAAAUUUAGACUUUAAUCUUGAAAUGGAAAUUCAAAAAUCUCCCUCCUGUAAUUAUUUUUUUCUCUUCCUAUGGCUCUAAUCCUCUUUCAUAGAAACAACAAUAAAUGAAAUCAAACAAAUUCUUUAUCACACACCCGUGCCCAGUUGUUGCACCAUGAGGCAUUUGUCUUUAUGGACUCUGCAGAGUUGCUCUAAAAUGAUAUUGGAGACAUUGGUUUUCUUUCCUCUCAUAGUUUCUCUGUGGUUGUCAUGAAAAAAUUGCACAUGACCUGUUGUUAUAGCUUCUCUUAACCUAAUAUUGAAAAAAGCAAAGACUGCUUUGUCCACAGGGGGCACCAAAAUGAACACAAAGCUCCUCGUAGAAGCUUUAAAUAAGUAGGCAGAUAAGUAGAGGAAAUGUUAUUGUUUCUGGAUUAGUAAAAUUCUUUUACAGUUAGUAUUUUGUGUAGAAAAAAAGAUUUUUGGAGCAAGUAAUUAUGAAAAAAGAAGGAUUAUGUUCAUUCUAUAAGUGAUUGUUUUGGUGGAUUGGAACCCCACAGGGUGAGCAGGACCUGGUCGUGAAGGGUUUUUUUCUCACUUGUCGUCAAAUGCCACUUCUGUUUGUCUCCUGAUGUUCUCAAGGAAUAAAAAUUGGAACAGAAAGUUAACAAUGCAGAUUCAAGUUCAAAACUAUGAGUUACUUGGUGGGAAAACAGGAUCAGGGUCAGUCCACCUUCAGAGUGUUGAGUUGCAGUUUAAAGUUUUUCUUAAUUUUCCCAGUGUGGUGUCCAUGUGGCCCCAUAAUAUCGGAACAAUCUGGCCCCUAUGUAAUCUUAGAUUGAGACCCCUAGUGUGUAUUAAUGACAACACUGUUUAACAGGUAUUUUGAGUGCUAUAGACAUACAGGUUAAGAAAAUAACGUGUCGAUAAUGAUAUGUGGAAAUGCGCUGACCUACUGCACUUGAACAAGAUGAAGUCUAGACCAAAUGUGUAAAUCUACGGCCCACCAAAGUGGGAGCAUUGCAGUGUAUCUUUUUGCCUCCCUCUUGUCCAGUCUCUGUUCCUGGGAAACAAGUAGCAUGACAUCACUGGGGAGAAAAGGCAACACAAAAAUAGCCAAACAGCCCAGUUCCCAUCCCGCGGGGCCCGGACCCCAGACCGGACCAAGGUUCACAAUGUGUUUUCAAUGUGUCUGAUAUCUCCGCUAAAUACAGUCUCUUUCUCUCUCUCUCUCUCUCUCUCUCUCCUUCUCUUUCUCUUUCUCUUUCUCUUUGUCCUCCUCUCUCUUUCUCCCUCGUUCUCACCCUUUCAUCAUCCCUCCUCUCUCCUCUUCUCUCUUUUUUUUUUCCUGCAGACUCUGUGGUCAUGGAGGCAAGGUCACACGCUCUACUCUUGGCAGGCUGCAGUGUGCGGAGCUUUUGCAGGUGCAGAGGAUUAUUCGCUGCUUUGGGAAAGAGGCGGAGAUGGUGGAGGGGGAGGAUGGGGGGGGGGGGGUGGAUCGCAAGAAUCGAUGGAUGUGUGGAUGGGUGGAUGGGUGAAUGGAUGGCCAGGGGGGCAGAACAAGUUUAGCCAAAGCCACAUUCUUGUUAAAUUCCACAAAGGUGAGAUCAGCUGACAAAUCACAUCCUCUUGCACAGCUGAUCAGAGAACUGAGAAACGAAGAAUAGACGAAAGGAAAAAACAGGAAAUUCCAUCCUUUUCUCAAACAUUACUUCCUUGAAGUGUUGAACUCGCAAUUCUGUCUCGAAAAGGUAUUAUUGUGAUGAUUUUCAAGCCCCUCGGCCAGUAGAAAUCAAACCAUACCAGACUUUUUUCACUCUGUCUGAGCCUGGAUGAGUAUCCUGGGAGAGACAGACGACCAAAAGGAGGAGAAAGCAGGGAUAAGAGGGGCCGGAUCCUGCACAAGGGCCCCUGCAGCUGUGCGACCUCCUGAGCACUGGGGCCUGAAGUAGUUUAAGAGAGGGGGGGAGAGAAAGGAGCAGGAAAAGAGUGAGAGAGGGGAAGGGGAGUGGAAUAAUGAGAAGACAAACAAGGGAAAGGAAAAGACGGUAAGAGAGAAUUAAAUCAGUCUAUAAAAAACAAGCCAUUAAAACCAGACAGAGGCUAAAGGGGAAAGAGAUUCAGACUCAAGACCUGUUGGAUCAGACUCUAGUUCUCUGUUGGAAGACUGUGUGUCAUAGUUAUAGGAGUUUUAUCUGAGGACAAAGGUCACAGGCUGUUAUCAGUGCUAUCAACAACAGAGAACAAAUCCCUGAGAACUGUCUCUAAUCAUGAACUUCUUUAGGAAAAAAACUGGCAAGACUAGUUUGAGUAGUGGUUUGGUUACCAGUUGACUUUGUGCAGAAUUUAUCUACCAUGCCUUGAUGAUGGAUCACAGAGUCUGUGUGCAAAACCAUGUAAUAUUGCUUUGCAGAGUGUGGCUAACAGCAGGGCUUGCACCAGCAGCCUUCAGACGUGGAUCUAGUCUCAGGGCGAUGGCUUUUGAAGAGAUAUUAGCGAGCCCAAACUUGGCGGUGGCCAUAUUGGAAAUGCUGACUCCAGCUAACUUCCAUUUAAUCUAAUAACUGUGUAAGAGUUGAGGCCAUAUCGCUUCCUGGCAGACAGCCACAAUGCGUCCACCUGACAGUCAAACCAGACACACAUGUAUAGCUCUUCCCACUGAACAUUUUUUGGUCUAAAAGAGGUCUAACAGACGUCUAAAUGUAGCCUAGACAACAGGUCUAAAAUCAGGCUACCACAGGUCUAAAAAUGAAACUUUUUUUUAGACCAAGUUUAGACCAAGGGCUCUAUUUCCGUGUCUGCCGGUGAGGAGGCGGAGGGUGGCGGACCCCGCACAGUGGUAUUUUCAUGGACUAAGGCACACCGAGAUCUGCCAAGCUGGGCAUGGUGGCGUGGCAGGGGGAGGUGUCGACAGAAUCAGCGGGCGCAGUGACAUUUUCGUGCUCGCCAGUGGCGUGUAAAGUGCGCUGAAAGCUCGCUGAUUCAAACCUGGUCAGCUUUCAGUGCAGGCGGAGUGCAGCUGGUCUAGUAGUAUUUUGGUAGACUGGCUGCGUAUCGGCAUACGUCACCGAUGCCUCACCAGCAGGUUUCCAGUGUCAGGCACAUUUCAGUGCAAUAAAUAAUCAACAACAACUAAUAAUCUAAGUCAGCACAUACAUUUAGAUCUAUAUAGAUAUAUUCUGAUCUAUAUCUGAUCUGAUGAGCGCGUUUGGCACGUGUUUGGACACACAACCUGACCGAAUCAACACAGCUGAAACCGCACUAAAUCAAAUUAAAUAUCUAGUAAAUAGACACACAUGAUGAAGUUAACAAGGUAUGUAAUUCGUCUCCCUCCUUUUCUUUCUUCCUCUCCCUCUUAUUUCUGCCGCAGCUCGACCUGGACAUGUCUCCGUGUCCUCUCUCCGUCCUGCUGCAGCUGCUGCUGUGGCGGCUGAACAGAUGAUUUGUUUCAGUGCUCAGAUGAGUUAUUUACUUUAAGCCGACAUACGAAUAUUAUAAUAUUCAGUUUUGUGAGCCACAUUUAUUUUAUAUGCCAACAUCUAUGAAAGAAAGAGCCAGGCCACGGAGCGCGACGUGUCAUUACGCACAGAUGGUUCCGAUUUUAAUGCCAUUUUUGGAAUUUAUGUUGUGAUUUGUGCGCACAACCCACCUUUGUCACGUGAGGUUUGAAUAUGUGCAACUUUAUGUGAGUGUCUUUAUAUGUGGAAAAGGGUGUUUGUCUUACCAGUGGGUCCAACAUUACACACACCAAAUCCAUCUGUGCUCAUAUGAGAGAGUGUGGAGGACGCCCAAUGCAGUGCUUAAAGUGACACUUGUUGAGGGGCUGCCUUCUGUCGCCAUCGUGUGGCAUUACUGUCUUCAGACAUCUCUUGAUCUCUUUGACUACUUCACGAAAAUAGUAAUACGCCUCGCGGUGGCGGAUUUAAAGGCGAGGAGAGGAGCUGAUGUUAUUGGUCAAUACAGUUCUCGGCUAAACCCACUCUACGCCCUCUCUCCUCCCUCACUACGACUUAGGCCGCUGGGAGGAGCUGAGUUAGGGAGGGGGGAUACUUACGCCGGGCUGUGCUGCUCACCAAAAUACCAAAUUGUGCUUGGGAACGCCUUGUUGGUGCAGCGGACCUGACUUACGCCGCGCUUGCGGCACGUCCCCGGCAAGGCACGAAAAUAGAGCCCCAAGUCUCAAUCUGGGCUAUAUCUAUACUACAUAUUUAAUGGGUUAAAGCGCAAUGUCUAAAUUCCAUCUAAAAAUAUACAGAAUCUAAAGGUUGGAAUUAGGUCUAAAAAAAACUAGGCGUCUAAUAGCCACCUAUUGCUCAUUGGGUUGGGUUGUAUUAUCCUGUGCAUAGAUAAUAACAGCCAACUUCAUAGAAGCAGUUGUUUGUAAAGUGUGAUCCUGUUUACUGCUCUCAUGAAAAUAUGGUAGUUUGAAGUUUCUAGAGAGGAUCUGGCUGGUGCAAAAGUCAUUAGAAUAAAACAAAGUCAUAAUAUAAAUCCUGAGUUGUAAUGAAAUGUGGUAUCUUCCUCUGGUAUCACGAUUCUGGAUGAAAAUUGUAUCACAUCAUCAAUCUUCCCCCUCAAUCCUCACCUUUUUGGUGAUGAAAAAGCAGAACCACAAUCAAAAUACAUAUUUCAGAAGAACAGUUCCACAGACCGGUCUGUGUUGGACGGUUCUGACUCUCAGUCCAUAACUCUUAGGAUGCUGCAGCGUGCCAGACAGCACAGGAAGAUUGAGGUUUGCUGCUCAGGGGACAGUAGAGAGAUGGAGAAAUAGAGAUGGAGGUGAAGGAGAGGAAAGGGAAUGACAAAACAGCCCCCCAAGGAGCUGAGACGUGGCAAUGCGCCACCUUACCUGGACUCGGUCCAUUUGAGGGAGAAGAGGAGGAGAGAAAGGGAAGAAUCCUCGCAGCAGACAAGAAACAGGGAUGAGGAGAUCUGGAUAAGUGGGAGGCAGAAUGAGACAUUGAGAGAAAAUUCAAAAUAAAAGUCUUGAGAUGAGAUAAGGAGCAGAGUGGGGUGAAUGUCAGAUUCAGAGAGACUCUGAAAAACAUGUUUUGAGCUUUCAGACAAGCAGCACGAAACGUCUGACCUUUUUUUUUUGUCACAACAAUUUUAUUUAAGUUUGAGUAAUUUUUGAAUAAAUAUCAAUAUAUACAGUCCGUUGCAAGUUUGAGCAGCCUCCAUCUAUCCAGUGUGUUGACCACAGUUUUAAUUUGGUAAAAGAAAACAGACUGAAAGAUUUGGUCUACUUGAGCCAGACAGCGGAGAGGAAGGUUAUAGAAGUUCCUGGGCCCAGGGUAGGAAUCAAGUUCUCGUUCCUUUGGGAUCCAGCUGCUGUCAAACAGGGAUCCUCAAAUUUCGGUCAUUUCCUCGUACACCUCUCUUCACACUGCCUCUUUCUUUUUGACAAAGCUGACUUGACACUAAAAAUGCUCACACAGGCGCGUUUAAUCAUUCCAAAUUUCUCCACUCGCACCCUGCUCUGACUUAUGACAAACUCGACCCUGUUUGAACCCCCUUAGAAAAAACGCACUUGUAUUUUGAAACAGAAUUACAUCAGCGUCUAACCUUCAUCUUAUCGCAUUGGAUUUUCCAGGCGAUUUUAGAUCCUCCAAUUCUACUCUAAGUGUGCAACGUUUGUCGAAGUUAAUACGUCCUUCUCACCACCUCCCAAGGAUAUUACAAAACAUGAUACACCAAGAGAGGCUGUAACUUUUAAUCCUUCCUGAUACUUUAUCCAACCACACAGAAAAAAUUGCAAAUCAGUUUUCAGAAUCAGCCUGAAUAAGGUUGUAAAAAGUAACGGCGUGUUACACCACCACACUUAUCCUAAUGUCUUCCUCGGCUCGCUCACAGUCCCGCUGCAGUCCACAGUGGCCCAUCAGGAUUUGUUUACAGAGAACAGUUGCUAUGUUUGUGGCAGAGUGACACACACACAAACGCACAGUUUCUCGUUUAGACACACACUGCGGCUCAGCGGGGACACCUCUGGAUCACGUGGCAAAUCCAGCUUCCAAAUUUGAGGGAUGUCUGGGUGUAACUGCUCUGUUAAACUCAUGGGAGGGAGAGCAACUUGUAUGUGUGUGACUGAAAGUAUCCAAAUCUUUCUUUUCCUGCUUGUGCGUACAACUCGGUGUGUAAGCGUGUGUGUCUCGCUCAGUUACAGGUGUAUACAUUAUGAAGGAGGAGGUUGGAACAGAAGUGUAUUCAUCUGGUUUUUGUGGUCUAAUAACACGGCUGGUCUCCGAUGGGGAAUAUUAUCUUUUUUAUGAACUUAAUGGAGGGGAAGGCCGAAAGUUCCUGUGUUUAUAGCUGAAUUAAUAUCUCACCGUAUGUGUGCUUAAGUAAUUGAACUUUUUUAUUGCUUCAUUUUUAAUAUUCAAAGACUCCUCAGAGAGCAGAGAGAGGGCCUCUUAUGUUUGCACUUCACCUAAUGUUUGUAUGUGUCUUUCGUAGGUGCGGUAGCGGCUUUGGUUACCACUCCUCUUGACGUGGCGAAGACCAGGAUUAUGCUCGCAAAGGUAUACACACUUACACACACACACUCACACACACACACAGAGCGCACCACCUCCUCUGGCAGCGACUUUUAAACACUGCUGUCAGGUGAUGCCUUGCAGGCAGAGAGCUGAGCGGGCCUGCAGCCUGAGCAAACUUCAACAGUGUCAGGAUGCAGGGUGGAGGUGGAGGUAGCAGGCCGAGGUAGCACCAGGACAGAAGUGAGACGUACACACACAUCGAUCAUGUGAUGAAGACUGUGGACAGUCCAGGGACAUGUUUGUGCUCAUGGUUAGUGUUCGGGUGAGGACUACGGUUUCCAUCUCAAGGCUGCUUGUCAUCUAGAGGUGAACCAGAGGGCCAGCAUCCCCCCGGCAACUCUCUGCAUCCUCUAACAGUCCCUCUCUCUCUCUGUAGCACUGUCCGUCUUUUACCUCCCUCUCUCCACCUCCUCUUUCACUUUUGGCUCCAACUGUAUGUCUGGCUUCCUUCACCAUGUCCUGUGUAUGAGUGUGUAAAGGGUAGGGAGUUCAGAGUUACCCCAGUCCACACGCACACACAUGCACACACACUCACACACUGUCCUUGGAUAAAACACAGUGUUCUCCCUUCACCCUCUCUCUUUGUAAUAACUAAUGAGAUAGUGGUGUUAACAAAAACACUCACACAGUCCUGAUCUGUUGCAAGAAGUCGUUGGCCGUAGGUGGAACAUCUCUGGACGGUACAAAAGCUUCCUGUAAACAUUAUUUGAAACGCAGCUGCUGUGAUUUACCACCAGCAACGGACUCAGCCUGGCUGCCUCUGAGAGGUUCAGUUGUAACUUUAUAAGGCCAAGUUUUUGAUUCACCAAAGGCACCACAGGUGGGCUGGGAUAAAACUGGAAUGAGUGCCAUCAAAAAUAAAGGCUUUUAUGAGAGGGCACCACCCCAGUUUUAUGGAUCUUUUUAGGUAUCCAUAAAGCUGAAAUAGGCUGAUACCCAUGAGUACAAUUUAAACUGUCCCUGUAGACACUCUGAAGGUCUCUGCGAUUAAAAUCUUCCCAUUUCCAAAGAGUUUGAAUGCAGACAUGAUAACCUUGAAGAUUUUUGCAUUUUUUAUGACUUUAUUGGAGAGAAUAGGAAAAUGAACAGAGUUAGAGAGCGGGGAAUGACGUGAGGAAUGAGCUGCAGACUGGAAUCAAACCAUCUGCUUGAGGCAUAACCUCAGUAUAUGGGGCUCAUGAUAAUACUGCUAAAAAUUCACUUUUAUUCUUUUUCCAUAUUUAUUUAUUUCCAUGUGCUUCCACCAUAUGAUUUCCUACUAAUACUUCUUUUAUGGAAGCAAUUUUUAAAGUUUCUGUGAGAAACUCUCAGCUUGUGUCAGUUUUGGCGCCCCCUGUGGACAAAGCAGUCUUUGUUUAGCUUGUCCUCUACACACUUUUUAGCCAGUGAAGCUUCACUCUCGUUUAACUCUGCCGGUAUAAAAACUCUUUUACAUUUCGUUAAUCUUCUUUUUUUUCCCCAAAUAGGAUUGUUUUAAUUAAAAUCGUCUCAAAGUUUUUGAAUGUGUGUGCUAGCUUUACCUAAAGCCUUUAUCGUCUUCUUUCAAUGUCACUGGAAAAACCAGCAGUGUAAUGCUGCGUUCCAGUUACCUCGGAAGUCGGAUGUUGGAGCUGGGAAUGACGUUACACUGGAGUUGAGGGUGUACCAAUUAACAAGUCGGAAAACCAAGAUGGACGCUUACAGUUAGCCGUUGUUAGCUGUUGUUUACAAUUGUCGGCUGUCGUUAGCCGUCGUCAGUUGUUGUAAACAUAACACAGUAUUUUACUCUUACAAACACCAUAGCACCGUGUUCACAGUAAGACGUUGGGCAGCACAAAAUAUACCACUUAUUUAAUUUCACAAAACACAACAGCAGUGCUAAUAAAUAAUACAUUACGAGAGCUUUUACUGUUACUCUUUACUGUUGAUGCGCUGCACUGCCAUCUUGAAAUAUGACAUUGUCAUCAAGUUGGGGUUGGUGAGGAUUGUCCGACUUUCCAAUUUGGAAAUCCGACUUCAGGGGGUUAGGGUUAGAUAAAUUUCCGACUCGGAGCUCGGAAAUUCCGACUUCUGAGUACAACUGGAAUGCAGCAUAAAGCCUGAUACAGAAGAAUACUCACAUCUGUCAAGUUGGUACAGCAAACGUUUAAAAGUGAUCAUUUGUUACAAUAAUUGCAGUUUAUAAAAUUUCAAUCAACAAACUCAGCAUUUAAAUUAAGCUACAGUCGAGUUGUUCUAAAAAAAAUGAAUAUUGUUGUGAUAAAUGUGGCAAUAAAAUACAUUCAAGCAUCAAAUGACAUAAAAACCCACUUCUGUAGGUUUAAAAUCCCAUCAUAAAGUGUUGUUCUUGACCAGUAAGCAGAAAAUGUAACAUUUUUUAAUCCUGUCAGGCUGAAGUUUUGUUUAAUUGUACAAACUCCCACAGCAGCACAGGAUGACAAGUCCAGACAGGGGAGUGAAAGAGAGACAGGCAGAGAAAAGGGGAGAGAGGGCUGCUGUUGAUGGGGAUGGAUGAUUUGGAUUGGACUAAAGGGAGGAAAUGUGGGUGUUGGAACUUGUCACAGUAGUUUCCGUCCGACAGCUAAGGAGGCAGAAUGAAAGAGUGGUGUUGUACAGUAGGUAACGCUGAGGCUAGCAGGCAGGAUGUGCAGGACACAGCUGGAUGUGUAGAGCACCUCCAGGACAGGACUCCUGCCACACCACUCUGCCUGGAGGCCUGGCUUGAUGCCUGAUACACCACACCUCUGCUCCUGCUGCUCCUGACACUUCUCCACUGCUCCUGUACAACACUGCUCUUCCCCUCAGGAUGCCAUGCUCGGCUGCAACCAGCUGUGUCUCAUACUGGAGUCCACGUUAGGCUGGUGCAGUCAUCGCUGUUGUCCAUCUCAUAAUGUAAAGGUGGAGAGGAUAGAAACAUUCAUGACAGUAAAUUUCAUAGGACAACUAGCAGGCUGUCUGCACGAUAUAGAAAAUUUGAUAAAUUAAGCUGCAUAUGGAUGUUUCUCUGUAAGUAACACAGGGCCAGUGUGUGUGUGUGUGUGUUUUGGAAGCGCCUUUUCCUCCGUUUCACAGCAGUAAAGGAAAAGAAAACUUGUCAGGCGCGGAGAGCGGAGAGUCAUUUCUCAGCCACCUGUCUCCAACAGAAACAUGAGGAAUACGGGUGUUUUCCUUCCUCACAUGAAUAAAAAGGGGGAAUCUUCAUCUCACUCCUUGGAGAUGUGAUUUACAGCCAUCACUGCAGACUGUUUCCUCCACGCUCACUGAGCUGAAGCGCAGAUCGUUGCACCUAAACACCACACUGCCUGCACUCCCUCUUCUCCUCCUUAUUUUAAUGCUCUCUCUCUCUUUCCUCUCACUCUCCCUCACUUAACCCUGCAGCUCUCAUACGGCCCUGCCACUCCGCAGAGAUGGAUUAAAAACUCUGGCUGGCUAAGCUGUAUUGUGUAAAUAAAAGUUCCAGGCUGACUGGUAUUGCAGGAGGCGAGGAGGAAGACUUGUUGAGUGGGUUUUUGGGUGGGCAAAUGGCUGGCAGGGUGUUGGAGGUGUCACCUUCGCUGACACAGCUGUCCAUGAGGAAAAAAAGAGUGGAGGGGGAGACUGGGGGAAGAAAAGACAGGGUGGGGGUUAAGGAAGCUCAGCCGAGAAAGACUAAACAGGGUGUCUUUUGGAGGAGCAGGAAGCGGAGGAGACGAUCCAUCCAUCAUCACACCUCUAUUUUCUCUCUCCCUCUCUUUUUCUGCAGGCCGGGUCGACUACAGCGAGCGGCAACAUCCCACUGGUGCUCUACGAGGUGUGGAAAAGCAGAGGAAUUACAGGGUGAGUGUGUGUCUUCAUUUUGGAGACUGUUUAAAGCCAAACACCCUCCUCCCCCACAAACCCUGUUAUCCCGGCCCAUUUAAAACCUUUUGUUUAAAUGAUUUGAUUUACUCCUCCUGCUCCCUCACGUAAUCAAGUUUGAUGAUAGAGUUCUCUCUCUGGGUGACACGAAUUUACAGCCGCUGCUGAAAAAUGAGAUGCAUAAAAGCUUUUCCUGCCCUCGUCCUGCACCGUCCCAUUGAUUAAGGUGUUACAGGGGCCAAGCGCACGGCUUUAUUUGAGUGUUGUGAUGUUUUUAUAAUGUGCGCGGGACAAAAGGCCAGGUCUAAUGGGGCUGCAGAGAGCUGCCAGCACUAAAAAAAAAAAAAAAACACCCUCACUUGCUCUGAAUAAAAGGCCUGUCUGUGAACAAGCUGCCAUCAUUUAGUGGGGAUUCACCUCAGCUUGAUGCCUCGAGCAGAUUUGGUUUGGGACCUGGCCAAACACCAGUGGGACAUCCCUCCACCUCCCUGUGUCCCACAAACAUACUCCACUGUGUUAUUGUUUGUUUGUCCAGGCUGCAGCGCAGGAAUCUAAUCAGAGAGAAAUUAAAUUUCAGCUUUUAAUCGGAGCGGGGUGAUUUCAGACUGAAGGAAUAAAACUACCCUCAGAUUCAAUAAGGUCAAGUUUGAGGCUACUGCGUGAUCUUGACAAGGUGAUAGUCGGCGUGCCUCAGUAGAAAACCCUCAAUCCCCUCUUAAAGCUGCAACAGGAACCAAGUGGUAAUGCACAGGAAAGCUCUUUGAUGCCCCAUCUCAACCUCUGCACCACAUGGCCACCUUUGAUGUUAGCCCUCUUUCUCUUCUUCUCCAUCUUCUCCAGCUUUCACCUGAGGCCACUGUUUAAACUCCCUCAGAUGAGAUGCAGCCCAGAGAACAUGCACUGAAAGCCCUACAACAUGAUGAACAUCUGAAAAAUUACUUUUCUCCCCUGACAUUUAUGUAACUAGAGUAGGUGAAGAAUGGGGGGAAAAAAGAGAAAGAGAUGAGAGAAUAGGCUGCACGGACAAAGCAGAGUGUGUACAGAGUAAAACGGAGGGUGGGGGAUGGGGGGGGUUGCAGCUCUGCAGGGCCAAAGGCCCGCUGGUUGCGCUGGUGCAUGCCUGAUACAAAUUGCUGGGGCUUUAAAGCUGUAAUUAUGGUAAUAGGCCCAAUUGCAGUGUAGUGAAGCUCUAAAGUGCUUCCAUGUGUGUGCCAUGCCCCAGAGACCCCGGGUUAGCAGAGAGCAAAGGAGCUCGCAGCGGUCUCCCCCAGUAACCUGCAAAACAACCACACUGCAUCAGGGAUCGUGUCAAAACAAAGACUAACAAGCAACAUGUCCCCCAGGCUGUGUCUGCUCUGUGCCUCAUGGAAAGCAAAGUGGAAGAAAAGUCAACAAAUGACAUGUUUGUGCCACAUACACACAACAAAACUGCAAGUCUGUGGUAAACCCUAAUUGUACUCUUAGUGCAGCAGGAGUCUUUGUUCUUUACCAGAGAAAUAAAGUUAAGCAGUUUGAACAGUUUAUUUAACUCAUAUAAAUUUGACCGCACUGAAUCGGUCCAAGCGAAACUUUCUGUGAGGAUAUUUCUGCGUUUAAAUGUAUAUUUGAACAUCAUUCAUCAAUCUCUGUCAAUGUGCAAGGCAAUGAAGUGUAUUCAUACCCAUUGCUGCAAAGAAAAGCCUCCUGAAACAAAAGCCUAUUGAUAAUAUUAAACAGCAUUAACAAACAGAGACAGUCUGGAUGAUUCAUGUAAUGGCAAAGGGACAAUAACUGUUUAGACACAGUUUAGAAACAAGACUGGUAAUGUUGCUGCCUGGGCUGUGGCAGAGGGGGUUGUCCCAUUCCAGGGUUCAAGACUCUGAAUUCUGAAUGUCUCCAGGCAUACCUGCCAACACUCCCAUUUUUCCCAGGACUCUCCCGUAUUUCAGACCUAUCUCCCGCCCACCUCCCGUAUUGUCAUUUCUUCCCUUCAGUGAAAAGGAGACAAACGUGAGAUAUAAUAUUUACGUUGAUAGUCUUGCACCUUCUUGGAGUGAUGCGUUCAGGGCAGCCUCAGAUAAAAGAGUGCUGUAUUGCACACACAGAUAAUCAGAGAGCAUGUAAAACAUAUGAGGACUUUAACAUCAAUAUUAGUGGACUAAAUAAGUUCAUUAUUUAUUAUUGUUAAAACAAAAAAAAGUGUGCAGCUUCACUUGUACUUAUUUGGAUGAGCAAUCUAAUUACAAAUACUCUCAUUAUUAGCUCAUAAUUAGCUGCGCACGCCGCAAAAAUCUCCUGGAUUUUAUAACCCAGAUGUUGGCAGGUUUGUCUCCGGGUUAGGGUUAAGGCAUCAGCAGCAGAUUUUGAAUGCAAGUGAAUGGGAUUAGAUUGGUCCUGAUGGGUACUUUACAGUGUAUGAGUUUGUUUGAAUGGGCUAGAGCAGCGUUUUAUAGGUGCGGUCUGUUACUAUUAACUGCUAACAAGUCCUGUAAAAAAAAAGAAACAUUUGUGGGUUCAUCUGCUUCUCUUUACAUUCAACUUCUCCUGCCUGUUUGGGACUCUGACUGUACUCUCUUUAUUUUCAACUGAUGCAAAAAAUGUGUCCUGGAAUAUGUAAAAAGGCGCAGCUGACACUUAAGUUAUAAUUUUUUGCAAAUGUAACUCAAAAGCAGUAAAACACUGUCCUUCACUGGGUUUGUGGUGUUAUAAAGGGCUCAGAUCCUCCAUCAAUCACCACUCAACUGAAACACACACACUCACACACACUCCAGGCCUAAAUAAAGGGGACACCGAGCCUCAGAACAUAGUCCCAGUCUACGAAGGAGAAGUCAAUAAUGAUGCAUGAGACAUGAGAAGCUUACAUCGUUUUUGCUCCGGCAUCACUUCAAGUCUUUUUUUUUUUCCUCCCACAAACAUCCAAAGGUUUCCACCCUUCUCGUCUCGAAGACAGAAGCUUCUGUCUCAACUCCAGCCAAAACAUUUUCAUUCUCACUGUGCUCUCCACUCUCCCUCUGUACUCUCCUGCCAUGCCUUGAAACUAUAUUUAGUCCCAUUACCCAAGAGAGCUGAUUGGCCGACAAUAGAGGGAUGACAGCUCUCAGUGGUCGGCCAGGCUGUGAUGUCAGAAUGAGUCAGGGCACCCAGGGGAGUCAGGGGGGGAAUGUCAGCUCUCUGACUCUGACGUUGCAGGGUCCACAGGUGGGCCUGAUCCCAGACGGGAAAUGUAUCUGCAGCGGGGAGUUGAGACAAAACAAGAGUGCUGAGUUUAAAAUUAGUUCACUCCUCACGCUGAUGAUGAUCAGAUAGAUCACAUGGAAAAAAAGGAGGGAGGCAUGUUCGGCCAUUUUGUGUCUGCUGUUUCGUUUUUCAUCCCUCCAGCUGCACAGGGUACACUUUUUUCUCUCUUCAGUUUUGUAUGUACAGUAUUCAUGUUGUAGGGCAGGAAAACAACCUCUGACUUACACCUCUCUGUUUAUUUAAAGCUUGUAGACCCCUCCGUAAUCCCACUAACACACUUGGAUUCUUUCUCUCACACACUCUAGCCCAACAAGGCUCAGCUACGCACAGACUUACAUCUUAUAAAACACCCGAUCUGUGCUGGAGAAUUCUGAAAUGUGCAGUUGUGUGAAUGCUUCGGAUGGUUGCGAGUUCCUCCGCGUACUCAGCACCUUGUAGCUUCGCAGUGACUUACAAGCAGUGAACCUUUACGUGACCCAUAUCUUAAAUUUCCUGUGAAAGAGCUGCUCUGGUGUGUCCAGGAAUAGACGCUUAAUGAGGACACUUAAAGAAUACAUACUACAGCCCAGGAGCAGAGUCGUAUAGCAGGGACAUAGGAGAUAGUGAAGAUGACGAACUGUUUAAUUAUAGAUAGUCUUAAUAAUUAAUUUUCAUAUUUUAAUACAAAUUUAAAGUUUGAUUGUUCUCAACAAUGUGGUCUGAGCACAUUUCUCCAAUCUCCCAGCCCUCCCGUACCUCCCUGCCCCUAGUUUGGAAAUAACCUCAUUACAGUCGUGACUUUUCCAAGUCGAUCUACAAAAGACAGAUGUUCAAACUUAACCAGUGGAAACUACUCUAGAAGUUUAAUUUCACUUUUUUUUUUAAAUCAGGGAGUAUGUACAUACAUGUAGUUUAUUCCUAUACAGGAAGUUCAAAACACUAACAGGUAGGGCUGGGCAAUAUGGGAAAAAGUUUAUUACAAUAUAUCUUUUUUUACAUCAGUCAAUAUCGAUAUGUAUCACAGUAUCAAAAAUCAAAUUGAACAGUGCUUAUUGGUAGCAUGUCUUUUGCAAUACAAUAAGCUACUGCAUCUGUGAGGUCCUGGUGUCUCUUUGACAUUUUGUUGUAAGGUGUUGCGCUGGAGAAAGCAGGCUGGAUGGUCAGCUGUUUCGGCUGCACAUAUGCUGUGGGCCCCUUGCUCUGCUCGAGGUUUGUAACCUUUAGCAUUGCACAUUCUCUGCAGCAUGUCACUGCUUCAGGUGGUGAAAAAGAUUUGAGGAAUUUUCGACAUAAUUUGCAGUGCACAUUACUCUGCUUCAUGUCCGACCUCAAAAAACCAAAAUACCUCCACACGACAGACGUUUUCGUGCCAGUGUUGUCGACGAUGUUAUCAUCUGUUGAGCCUUCAUCUGCAUUUCUGUCGGCGGUAGCACUCAUUUUCUUUUUUUCUCACUGACAGUGCUGUUGGCUUCACGUGUCAAAGUGCUAUGGUUGCGUGUAGCUGCAGCCUGCUACUACACAGUUGUUUGCUACUUGGUUCUAAUUCUGCACAUGAUUGGUUCAGCGCGGAGCGGACCAGGAGCAACUCCCCUUUUCAUUGGCUAUUCCUAUAGUUUACCAAAACAUGGCAGAAUGCCGACUAUUGAAAAGGAUAUUAACCAUGUUUUAUGUUGGUAUUGAGGGAAAUUAAUUUUCAAUAUACUAUAUCGUUAUCGUUUUAUCGCCCAGCCCUACAAACAGGUGCAUUUUUCUUGUUCAUUUCUGGUCAUGAUUACCCUUCUUUUCACAGGCAGCUGUAGCUCAGUGGUAAAGCCAGUGAUCUCUCAAAGCCAAAGUUUCCCCGGGCAAGACAUUUGAUGUGGAUCUGCCCGAGCUGACUGUGAAAAAGCUCUAUGAGUGGUCAGAAGAGUGGAGAAAGUCCCAUAUAAACAGUCCAUUUACCAGUUACCAUAUCCUAAAGGUACAUGAAGCAUAAACAUGCAAAAUAGGUGAAUUUUAGUAAAUGCAUAAAAGGUUAAGUGAAUCGAUAAAACACUCUGAUUAAGGGUGCAAAAUAAAAAAAUGGGUUAAAGCCAUUGUUUUCUCUCACUGUGAUAGUAGGAAGAAAAGUAGAUCAGACCAGCAUGAGCUCUCAAUGAACUUCAUGUUGAUCCUUUACCCCCAAAAUGUGAAUUUGGUUUUGAGAAUGUUUGCUUCUCUGAGAUUUAAAAAAAAAAAAAAAAGAUAGGCUAUGUGACCUUUACUUUUUGGCUAAUUUAGCCAUACUCAGAAAAUACAGCCUCUCUACUCUCCUUUGAAUCUGCUUCAAGAUGUUCCUGAUGAAUUGGAAUGGAGCGGAGGAAAUUUACGACAAAUUGGUCCUCCAGACCUCUUUUUUUUUGGUCACUGUUGCAAAGUUACGACUUAGAAAAUGGGAAACUCGAAUCAACCAGAACCAAUAAAACUUCUGUCGAACUUCAACAAGUGAAGUCAGAAGGUCCGCCUUGUUUAGAGGCUUCAUUUCAGUAUCUGUACAAGAACAGCUGACAGACACUCAUUUUCUAUUCCAAUUUUUUUUUCAACGUACAUGGACAAAAUCAGUUGUAUUUCACACACACACGCACUCCUACGCAGAUGAUGAAUACAGACAGACAUUUUCUGUGUGCAGACGUCUCUCCUCACACAGGCACACAUCCACAAACACACAAUACUCUUCAUCCAUUACAUCUGGCUCAGCCGGGGCCAAACCAUGUGAGCGUGGGGGCGGCUUGGCAGACAGAAGGUGUCGGUAGGCAAAUACACGGCAAGGGAGAGAGACAGGCAGAGAGAAAAGAGGGGAAAAUGAGAGAAGAGAGAGGGACGUAGAGAAGGCAGAUGAAGUAAGCACGUGUCUGAGAAGAGGAUGACGCAGCAAGAAGAGGAGACGGAGGAGAAAUCCCCGGACAACUGAGCCAGCUGAGGAGGCCAUGGCUGGACAGAGAGACAGAUAGAAAUGGAUGGAUGGACAGCAGAGGGACAUGUGUGGAUGUCAUCCGGCCAUCAGUCACGCAUGGAGAGAAUAUAAAGAAGGGGGGUUUGGAGCUCCAGGGAGGCCCAAGGGUGGGGAAUUAAAGCCUAAUCCCAAAAACAGCUGUGUGUAGCAGGGAGGGUAGAGGGGAGAGGAGGGUGGAGGUUCUUGGGAGAAGGGUGCUCUCUCAUGGCUCAUUACAUCCUCUGACCCCCGCAACGUCAAACAGCUUCUUGCUGGGCCUCAGAACCAUGGAACUCGGGCCCCUCUCACUCUUGGUUAAGUGGCUCCACCAGCAACCUCAUGUCUGACCUGCUCCCAUGCACCCUCUGCACCCAGACAUGAUGCCCUGCUUCCAUGAAAGAGCCGUAAACCUGUCACCUGAAAAAUCCCAAAAAACUCUUUCUCCAGCAAACAAAUCCACUAAUAAAGCAACAAAGAAAAUCAAAUUAUGAAAAAUUAAAAUAUAAUGGAAAAAAACCCCAUGGGGGCAGUUCUUAUAUCCUAGUAUUGUCCCUCCAAAACUGAACUGGAAUACUGGCACAGAUCUGCUGUCUCACAUAAGUAUUAUACAAAAAUCAUAACUGGACCAUUCAUGAUUGGCUGCUGACUUGGAGGAAAGCUCUGGAUAGAUUUAAGGGCCUGUGCUCACUAAAGAUGUGUUUUACACUGGCAACACAUAUUUUUGAUCCAAACUCUUUGUAGUUUGAAACUUUCAAGGAGCAGUUUCCUUAAAUGUCUUUGGCUUCAGCUGUUUUUGUAGCUACAUAGAAAGCACAGACCUGACCUGCUGUGUCACUGUUUUAUCACUGACCAAUCAGAAUCAAGAAAAGAUGGUAUUUCUUGUCCACUUUGUCAAACAACAACAACAACAAAAAACAAACAAACAAAAAAAAACCCCAAGGGAGACCCACUAAGCAUUCUUUGGUCUAAAAGAGGACUAAUAUGCGUCUAAAUGUAGUCUAGACAACUGGUCUAAAAUCAGGCUACCACAGGUCUAAAAAUUAAAGUUUAUUAGACGUCUAAAUUUAGACCAAGUUUAGACUAGCCAGCUAACAGAGGUCUAACUGUAUAUUGCUCAAAGGCUAUCAUAAUUAUUUUGGUUAAGUACUUGGAGAUCAGUAAUGCAACUCACUGUUGCUUUUUGAAAUAAAUAGUUAUCGAAUAAUGAGUUAAAGUGCAACGUCUAAAUUCCAUCUAAAAAUAUACAGAAUCUAGACGGUUGAAAUUAGGUCUAAAAAAAAAUAGACGUCUAAUAGCUGUUUAUUGCUCGGUGGGGAGGGUCUGAACAGAGAAGGGAAUGACCAAACUUGCUUUCAGGAGGGACUAUUUACAGGUCUAGAGCUGCUGCUAAUGCAACAACACAAUAUUUUGUGAAUGUACUAAGUUGUGGUGCUCUCAGCACACACACAAAAAAAGUUGUUGGUGGACACAGGCCCUAAAUCUUCUGCUUGAUUAAAAAAGCUUUUUCUCUGCAGGUCAGUGCCAGGGUCUAUUAUCAUUUCAUUUUUUUCUGUCAAGAGAAAAACAUUGAUUUUGCCUUUGUGGCUUUAAUUUGCAAAAGAUGUAUAUGGCUGCAGACUUGGACAAUCCUUCUUGGUUUAUCUUACAAUUUAGUGUAUAAUAGUAGCGUAAAUGAAAGUUUUGUUCAUUUUCUGCACUGUGUUAUUCAAUAAAAUAUGAAUAUAAACUUUAUAAUAUUUAUUGUUUCUACUGUUCUUCUUUUGCAGCCUGUUUGCCGGUAGCAUACCAAGAGUAACCUUCAUCAGUGUGGGAGGUUUCAUCUUCCUAGGAGCCUAUGAGAAAGUCCGCAGCACUUUGCUAUAGCCACACGUCCUCUGACGGCCCGGAGCUUUGAUCCAGCAGAGCAGCAGCAGAGGACUUUGGAUGUCUCAUGGAGCUGCACCCUCACUCUGCAGGGAGAGCUAAAACUGCUGCAGCUGAGGCCCAGAAGGAGCAACAAACACCUGAUGCUCUGAGGAAGAAUCACCCACUGGCUUCUUUAUCAUGGAUGCCGCGUUCCCGCUCAUCAGCGCCUUGCUGACUGUUAAACACGCUGAAGCUUGAGCGUCUGUAACUGCACCAUCAGGGUGGAGAACUGAGGACGCACCCUGUCACUAGAGACUGGCAAUGAAGCAUUUUACUGUUUAAUGUGUGUGAAUUAAUGAGAUAAGCUAUUAAACACUGUCUCUUUUUAUGUAUGAGUGAGAUUUCAUAAUUCCUUUUGCUCCCUGAGCGACCCGCAGAUUUAUUUCAUGAUUGUUUUAGUGCUUCGUCCAUAUUUUUUCUCCGUGCUAAGCCAGGCCACCUGCGUUUAAGACCCACCGGAGAGAGGCAUGGCAGUAUCUCAGCAUUGUUACAUUCCUGCCGGAGCACAUCUGAGCUCAUCCACCUGCAGGAGCUUUAAUUUUAUACCACAACAAUGAACACUUUGUUCAAUUAAUAGGGCUUUGGUUUUAUUAGGAGCCUCAGGUGUCAUGCACAAGCUUUUAUAUUAGCUCGGGGUAUUUGGAGUUAAUCAGAUAUUUAUUGCUAGGGAGUUUAUUGUGGGGCUUGUAAGUGUAAUCAAGUAGAUUUUAUAGUAUUUAAUUACGUCUUAUUCUUUUCAUGUACUUUACAUUGUCAGCCUAAUUAAAUGGCUGUUUGAUUAAACGUGUGCAAUAGUUA